AUGGAGGAUGAAGUUUUUCCGAGGUACCUUAACUCUUUAAUUGCAUCAUUUAAAGUAGUCAGUUUGAUUUUCGUGUUUUUCUCUCCAGUUAAAGCAAAUCUACCGUUUACAUUUUCUAACAGUAAAUUUAACUAUUCCAGGUAGCUAUAAAUAUGAUUUUGCUUUAUAAUUAUCAUCUCAUUAAAAUGUAAAUUUCAGUUAGGUUUUACUGCAGCAUUGUUUAUGGCCUUCAAUGGCCUCAGUGGUUGUGGUCAAAUUUACUUCUGCAAAUUCAUUUUUAGCAAAUAACCCUCACAAUGUUCGGACAUCUAACUUAGUGCUCUAAAACUAAGAAAAGCUUUCAAUACAUAUGGGUUCAUUUGUUAUGUCUAGAAAAAAGGUGGAUCUCAUCUCCCACAGGGCACAGAUUUUGCUGGCAGUAAUCCUAGUAUGUGGAUUGUUUUUGGAAUGCCUUCUAAUUUAGAUCAAAUGGUUACAGACACAAAAUGCAUCAUUAAUCUAUAUUAUAUAGUCAUGGUAAUGCAUUGUUCUCUGUCUGUCUGUCUUUCUGUCUGUCAUGACCUGUAUAUUAUUUUAAUGGUCAGGUCAUGAUUUCAAAUCCCGAUCUGCAAUUAUUCCCCGCAAUAAGCUGGUACUAAUUCACAGAUCACUUCAGUGCAGUCUGUGGGCCCUAAUCUCAUCAGAUCGAGACAUACAUGUUCCGCUCUGAGAGUAGUGUGAGUUACACUGCUAAGGGGCAUCCAGCAUUUUAAUGGACUGUAUCUCCCACUAAUCUCAGGCAGCACUAGUACAUGCACGUCCUGCCUUUACAGUAAAGUCCUCUCCUUAAUCUAUACACUAUCCCAGUACAAUAUACUACUACACUAUACAUGAAUCCCUACAUUAUCCUAAAACACUGUACAUUAACCCCUACAUUACUCUAACAAAGUACAGAAUAUCUAAACAUUAACCCCUACAGUACAUUAGCACUAAACAUUGAGCUCUACACUACCAUAAGACUAACCGUUACCCCUUCAUUACCACAGUACCAUAACACUAACCAUUAUCCCUUACACUAACACUAACCUAAACAUAUAAUGUAACAUAACAGAUAGAAAACAGUAUUACUAUACAGCUUGUGGAAAUUGUGGGGUAGUCUUAAAAUUGAUCCUUGUAUUCAGAAAACCAUCCUAGCGAUUAUUUGGGGCAUGUUUGGAUAAAAUAUUUAGAAAGUCUCUAAUUUGAAGGAUUCUACUGUAUUCCAAAUCUGCAGGAGAUCUUCUAUAAAAUAAAUUAAUCAUUAUACCAACUUCAGCCAGUUUCCUUAUAUUUUUAUGACCUGGAAACCGUUCUUCUGUUUGCCUGAACAUAUUUUAUUUUGGACAUUUGAUGAACUACAUUAUCUACUUGUAAUUAAAAUUAUGAGGCUAUUCAAAGCUAAUGAUUCACUUGUUUGUGACUAUCUGGAACAUCAAACGAAAGGUGAAUAUUUGCACUUUGUAACAAGCUUUCUGUUAAACCUGCAGGUUAAGCAGAUGUUCAUUAAGAAGAAACACAAUACAGUAACACACUCAGGGGCUUUUUAACUAAACAGUGAGUAGUGAUAGAUUAGCAAAAAACUUGCAUACAUAGACUAGUUAUAUAAGCUGCAAAAAAAAAUCAGCUGAGUUUAAAUUUGACAAAUAAGUUGUACAUUCCUUUCAACUCAAUGUUUAAGUUAGAAAAUGUUGUCUUGACAUGUAUAUAUUAUUUGCAAAACAUUUCAUGUUUUAAAUACCCUGUACUGUAUGGAUGGUGACAUUAUUUAUGCAUUAAUUUAUUAAUUUAUAAUUACUUGUACCUGCAUGUAGUGUUCGGCCAUAAUUUGGGGAUUUAGCUGCUGCAUGGAAGUAUGUAACUCCCACUUAUCCCAGGCAGCAGUGAGACAUGCAUGGUUCUGCCCAAGAUGAGGGCUCCCAAACUUUAGGUGCCACUCACGCUUCCACAUCAUAGUUUACUUUAAUGUUUCCAGAACCUCUCAAUGUCAUUAUAUAUAUAUAUAUAUAUAUAUAUAUAUAUAUAUACCGUCACCCUAUGGAACAAAAAUAGUAAGUUCAAUAUGAUAUGAUAUAGCAAGUUAAAUGUGAGAUGAAACUAAGAGCCUGUCCCUCCCCCAGCCCAGUUGUUAGCUGUCAUUAAAUAGGGAGUUGUUAUGGGAAGCUGGUAGGAGGGAUGUAAUAAGUAAACUGAUUUCUUCAUAUCUAGAGCAGAUACUGGAGUUACAGUCUCUUUCUGCCAUAGAUCUCUGGAAAGAUUUGGGCACAACAUGGCAGCAUGCCGCUGGCUUCUGGGUACAUGGAUUGUCAUCCAAUAUGGUAAGUUCAUAAUGUCAUGAGUUUUAAAAAACAGUAACGUUCAACUUUAUCAUAUCAUACGUUGCAAUCUAAUGAUAUGGUGCAGUUUUAGAAUUUAAUUAUUCAGAUUUAUUAACUUGUUGUCUUGAACCGACCAGAGAAUUGCACAUUUUAGGCCAAAAUAAUAGUUCUUGGGGAUGGCCAAGAUGGAGAAUCUUUACAUUUCAGCUGUUUUGGGCAAACAUGUGCAAAAUAGAAUUUAACAUCAGUGUGCUUAUAUAUGUAUUAAUGUUGCAAUAUACUGGUACAUGUUGGGGAGAGAAGGUAUGUGAACCCUUCAGAAUUAUCAGUGUCCCCACUUUUCUUUGACCUAAAAUGUUAUCUCAGGGUAUGUGAACCCUUCAGAAUUAUCAGUGUCCCCACUUUGCUUUGACCUAAAAUGUUAUCUCAGUACUGAUAAGUGAUAAGCGGGAACCUGAUUAACCCCUUAAGGACCAAACUUCUGGAAUAAAAGGGACUCAUGACGUGUCACACAUGUCAUGUGUACUUAAGCGGUUAAACAUGUGAUUUUAACUUUUAUAGUUACUUAAUACAAUGAACCAACAAUCAAUAUCUUUAUUGCAAAUACUAUGUAUAUCUCUCUGUGCCCCAUACUUUUGCAGCAAUCACUUCACAAUUCGUUUGUAUCUAUUUAUCAAUACAUCACUCCAAAUACUUUAGAUACAUAUAUAUAUAUAAAAUAAUGCGAAAAGUCAAUGUAUAGUUCGGACUCAUGUAUUUUCUCAAGUGUCCGAGUAACACCCAUCUGUGUCUCCCCUCUGAUCCCCCCACCUUGAUUCUUCACAUAGAGAUGAUUAAUAGGGCCAAGUAAAUUAAUGGUUCCAGUUUCUGGGUCCCCUAUCGAAUUCAUGUGUCUUAUCCAGCCGUCUAGGGUCACCUUAUGGUUAAUUCUGCUCUGCUUGCGUUUAAUCAGAAUCUGUAGUAAGGGAAAAAAACUGCAUUUGUUUUGAGUUAGAAAAACGCUGUAUAAAUUGGUACUAUCACUAUUUUUAUUAGAUUUUUAGACUCUGCUUAUUAAGUGCUCUCUUCAGGUUAUUCCAGAACAUGUAAAAUUUGUUAAUUCUUCACUGCUAAAUAGUUUUUUCAGUAAAAAAGUAACAUUUAUUUGAAAUAUGGAAUGAUUAGCUAAGGCAUUAACUCAGGAUAAACUAGUACAUUUGUGGGUAAAUUAUUGUCCAGAGAUAUCUAAAAAAUGCAGUUAAAUACAGAUUUACAUUAUUUUAUUUUCAAAUUUAUUUUUUUAGCCUUUAUGAAAAUAUUGAAAUAAGAAAGCUUUGAGCAUUACACAUACAUCUUAAGCCUUAUUUUGCAAUGUUUCUGGCAGGGUCUAUGUAUACAUGGGGUUGGAUGUCAAAGGGUUAAAGGACCACUAUAGUGCCAGGAAAACAUACUCGUUUUCCUGGCACUAUAGGGUCUCUAGGUCCCCCCCACCCUCUGGGUCCCUCCCCUGCCGGGCUCUAGGGUGAGGAAGGAGUUAAACCCUUACCCUUUUCCCCCGCCAGGCUCCCUGGGAACUGAGAACUCUCCUCCUCCUUUUAGCCGUCAUCGGCUGAAUGCGCAUGCGCGGCAAGAGCCAUGCGCGCAUUCAGCCAGUCCAUUGGAAAGCAUUCUCAAUGCUUUCCUAUGGACGCUGGCGUCUUCUCACUGUGAAAAUCACAGUGAUAAGCGCGGAAGCCCCUUUUAGCGGCUGUCAAUGAAACAGCCACUAGAGGCUGGAUUAACCCUAAAGUAUAACAACAUCUACAGAGUUCAACAUUUGAAAACAAUAAUAAAAAAAAUCUGAAACAUAAAAGUACUUUUACUUGCUUUUUAUACGAAAUAUAUGAAAUAUUUAAAGAAAUAUUCUAACAUUACAAAUAAGUAUAUUUAUAUUUAAUGUUAGUGGCUGUAAUUCUGACAACCACUUGAGGCAUGUUAAUGGCCAAAUGUAAAUAUUACUGUUUUAAAACAGCAAUGUAAAAUAUUAACAGGCUUCAGGGACAGUGUCUACUGUCUAUGGCUGCACUCAAAUCACUUCAUUAUGAUAAAGCAGUUUUGGUGCUUAAAGUGUCCUUUUAAUCUGUUUAUUUGUGGCAUAAUAUGUUUAUUGUAUAGCAUGUUUAUGAUAUAAUAUGUUUACUAUAUGGUAUUUAUUUUAUGUUUAUUUUAUAAUAUGCUAAUUUAUUUUAUAUUAUGUUUAUUUAUACACAGGGUGUGCAGUGGGUUAUCCUAAAGCUAAUCGGGAUUCUACUAUGAGGGACUGUUCCAAAACACCUCCAGUAUGUUCAUAAAUAUAUGUUUUGUUAUACAUGAACUAUUUUAUUACCAGUACUAAACUAUUCUCUGUCUAGUGUUUGAUGUCAUGUGUUUUAUAUGUGUAACUAACUCACAUUAAACAAAAUGGGCCAAAUUAUUAUUAGUAAAAAUGAAACACAAUGGAACUCACCCCAACUCGUUUUGCUGUUUGCCACCUGGCUUCAGAUUCCCUACACAUGGUCAUAUGGAGUCUACAUUGAUUUAAUAGUUUAUUGGUUUAUUAGCUACAUUUGGGGGAAACUGGACAGAAAAGAAAAUAGAUUUCACGAUAUUUGGAGAACUGAUGUAACUAACAAAUUUAUCGGCAGAGAAAUAACCUCACUUUUGCUCUUAGUAUAGGGAUGAAAAAAUGCUUGGUCUCUUUACGGCACCUGGGCUCCUUGCUAACACCUGGGCUCUAGACAGGAAAUUUAGAUUUGUCAUGGCUGAUUAACCCAUCUAUGAACUAUACUCUCACUGCACAGGCGUAGCUAGAUUACAUUGUUCCUGGGCAGAAAUGUACUUUGGCACCUUUUCUCCUCCCAGAACUGUAUAAUUUUUUGUAUGUUGUCUCACGAUGCAUUUUGUUAGGGAAAUUACAUGCACAUACACAAAUUCAUGAACGCAUACACAUACACAUUCAUAUACAUUCAUAUACAUUCAUAUAGUCAUAUUUAUGUUCAUACACAAACAUACAUCCAAAUACACACAUAUACACAGACACAAACUGAUAUAUGUACACUGACUCAUAUGCAAGCAAAUGGGCACAUAGACACACACAGACUCAUACACAAACACACAUUCACACAUACAUAAAUUCAUAUACACACACGGACACAUACACAAACACACAUUGACAUACAUUCACACAGACUUAUCAGAAAAACACUCAGACAAAUAAACACAAACAUGGAGUCAUACACUUGCUCACACACAAAUUUAUAUUCACACACACAGAGUCACACAACACAAUUUUUAUCUUAUUUUUGAGGGAGGGUUCACAGUGAGGUCCAGCCAAAUGGCAAUCCUCCCAUGGAGCAGGGGGGCACAAGUGGCAGGGGUGUGUACCAAGCAGACCCCUCCACAAAAACAGGCACUUGCCUGUCAUGUCAUUGCUGGUGGGGAUGUCGCAUGGGAGGUGCCUGCUUCAGGGGACCCCAGGGAUGUCCUUCAGCUCUCAAUUUCAAAGUAAGAAAAGGGUAGGUGCAGUAUAAACUGUAACAUGCCUUGUAUUAAAACAAUGAAUAAAUGCAUUAUAUAUUCACUCACACUCAUAGCAGAUAUAUUUAUUUUCCAUUUUUUCUUACCUUCCAGUAUCUCCCUGCAACUGUUAAAAUCAGCACAGAAGAUCUUCAUAAUAUUCGCCAGGAAAUGCAAGCCCAAAACAUCAGUGCCUACAUCAUUCCAGCUACAGAUGCUCAUUUGGUAAGAACACUCACAGAAUUCUGUCUUCAGAACAGUGAAGAUUAUUUUGUUUGCUUAUUCAGAAAAAAAGUAGUUGCCUUGUCCCCAGCUACAAUCAGAUGCUCACAACAUUCAAUAUUGCCUGGUGCGUUUAUGCCACUUGGAAACGGAUGAACAACAGAAAAAAGAUCAAUUUCUUUUAUGUCAGGAUUAAUUAAAAUAAAAACAUUUUGCAUCCUUUAAUUGUUAGCCAAAAUACCCUGUAAUAUGGAGAGACAUAUAACAGAUUUAAUGCAGUGGGUGCAGGGUUAAUACCUUGAUUUGGGUUAAUACAUCCUAAUAAUAUAGUCUAGAUUCUAUAUAGAUUUAUAUAAUCUGAUUUGUGUGAUUAUGUGAUUCAUAGAAGAUACUAAGGUUUUGUGUUGGAUCUAAGGCUAGUGGCGACUCUAGGAACAAUAUAUAAGAUACCACAGUCAAAACUGGGGAGUCACAAAUUAUUUCCACUUAAGGGAAACUUGCCGCCAUUAGUUGUCUGACACCAGCAUGCACACCAAAUUUGUCUGACUAAUGACACCUCUUAAUUUUGAUCUGUUUAAUAGAUAGUUCCCCUAUUUGCUAUCUUUAUGUAGGAUUGACAUAUUUAAGGACACCAAAUAAUGGAGCAAUCUGCUAAAUAGUGACCUAAUUUGGUAUCCUUAAAUAUGGAGAUCCUAUAUAUUGGUACCAAUUUAGGGGGUUAUCUACUAAACACAUACAUAUUUUCAUGCACACACACAAUCACAGACAUAUAUAAACAGAACCACAGACAUGCUUACACACAACCACAGACAUACACACACACACAACCACAGACAUACGCACACAACCACAGACAUACACACACACAGCACAGACAUACAUACACACAAUAUUAGACACGGAUAACCACGCAAAUACACACAAUCCCAGACACACACACAUACACAAUCAUAGACACAUUCUAUACACACAAUUCGUAUUAAUUUAAGGGUGCAGCCGACCUCACUACCUUUCCCUAUAGAAGUGAAGUUAACCCUGUGCAGGGUUAAUGUAAGAGGCCUGUGACACUGCAUACAGACCACUUCAAUGAGCUGAAGAGGUCUUGGUGUCUAUACUGUCACUUUAAGGGGAGGGAGAGAUGUGGGAGCAAGAUUCAGUUUGUUAUGUUUGACCCAUGUACUUUAAUUUAGCUAGAUGUCCUAAGUCCCAGUAGUCUUCAGUACUACCUGCUGAUGGGGACAUAUAUAUGAAACUUAUGAAAUAUGUGACAAUGUAAAUAAUGUCUGCAGACACAGACAGCUAUUUUUAUUAUAUAUAUUUUAAUUCCAAUGUCUUCAUUAUAGGUUAAAUAUCCCCACGAUAAACAGUUUGUUAGUAUGCCAGGCCAAAAAAAGAAUAUUCUCCUACAUACAAAAUAAAUUGUAGACAUUUUAAGACAGACUUGCAAAAGUAACCCAGAUGUUGGUCUGCAUGCAAUGCGUUUUAUAAUAGGAGCUUCAGCACAAGACAUAAAUCUAAUAUAUCCACAGAAAAAGAAUUCAGUAACGCUACAUCAGUUAUCAAAGUGACUGACAUUUUCAAAUGCAGAUUUUAUGCUUCAGAUCAUAUCAUUUAUUUUGCCAAUUCGUCACACAUUUUGACAAUAUCCCAACUUUUCAACACUUCGCAAUGAUGCUCUUUCUACAGCUUUAUAUUUAUGUCUUUUGUUUCUUUAUUGUUAUUUUAUUUUUAUUGAGAAGUUUAAGCAGAGGAGUACAUGCAGAAAAUCAUUGCAAGUACAUUAUUUUUUUUAAAUAGACAAUAGAUAAAUCUGCUGUAUUGAAAGUUAGCAAAACAAUAAGGGCAGCAAAUUGUGUAUCAUGGCUCAUUUGUAGUCAAUAAAAAAUAAUACACACAAAGAAAAAUACAAACAGCAUAUAUCAGCCACUUUCAGAAAACAAAAUAGGAGGCACCUGAAUAAGAAAAUCCAUAGGGCUACAAAAUCUGUGGCAUUGCUAGGUUCCAGAAAACCCUUGAAUUGGGCCCAAAUCAAAACUUGAUCACCUCUAGACUAACAGUGAGGUGGGAUAUGGCAUUACACACUCCCACCUUUCCACACUAUGUCCUCUUCUCUAGCCCCUUGACUGUGUCUAGAAGUUGAUGCUGAUGGAUCUUGAGCUCAAUAAAGCAUACCUGCAUACAAGCUACACAGCCAGGUAUUGAAUGUGAUAAUGACACGCUAACUAACAAACAUAGAGACAUUCAGAAAGUUCUGUUCCCCAGCAAACCCUCCUGAAAUUCAUGUCGGGGACACUACCCCCUCCCCCUUACUAGUCUUGCAGCAGACUCUGCUAGUGAUCUGUCCACGUGAGUCAGGUGGCUACAUUGAGAAUCAGCUGCUUUAUAUCAUUUACAAAAAUAAUAGUAAUAUCCUCCUGCCCUCUCCAUUAACUGUAGAAAUCGAGAGCUAAACAGCCCACAUCUGGGGCUUGAGUUUCUAAUGCCCUUCCACCCCCCAACAAUGUCUAUGGCUACCUUUGAAAGAAAAUUAGUCAGAAUAGUAGUUCAAACAAGAAAGAAAAAGGAGAAAGUGAAAACAAGGCGUACAAUGAUAUCAAACACACAAUAAACACAACACUUUACUAGCUGUAUUUAUCUAUUUAUUUAUUUGACAUAUUUAUUAAUUUACUUUCUUUACCCUUAAAGUCAAAAAGGGCCUCUUGGAUAUAAGUCAAUCCCUAUCUAUCUAUCUAUCUAUAAAUAUAUAUUCACAAAGUUUGUGAAGUAGAAUUAUUAUUUAAAGAGCUUUUCCAGAAAUUACACCUGAAAAUAAAUAAAACACAGCUUAAAGUUUAUUUUGUUGCACUCCUCUAAUCUAUCCUGUGUCACUCGAUAUAUGAUCAACUGACAACAUUUCCACCACCAAUGGGUCCUUCUCAAGCCUCUGAAUGGUUGAUAUUUUAUCACAAAAAAAAUUCACGCUGAAUAAAUUAGAGGGGUGCUUGAAGCACUUUGUUAUUUGUGCAUUUAUAUUCAAUUUAACUGAACUGGAGGGUCUCCCCGGCACCAUUAUUUGUAUUAAAUGCUUAAUCAUUAUGAGAAAUGAAAUGUAUGAUUGGUUGAUAGAUGGGAAGAAGAUAUUACCAACCCCCCCCCCCCCACUCCAAUUUACAUAUUCUCAAUAUAAUAUUUUUUCGUAGUUACAUUGAUGCUAUAAUGAACGUGUGAUGUGCGGGUCCUUUAAUUUCUGCAUUAUUGCAUUAACAGGGUGAAUAUACAGCACCGCGAGAGAAAAGGAGACAAUGGUUGAGUGGCUUUACCGGAUCUUCAGGUAAAUAAAUAAAUUAAUUAGAGUUUGCAACAACUUAACAGCAAUUUUCACUAUAGAAUUAACAAUAUAUAAUUAAUAUAAUUAAAAAUACAAUGAAUAUUACAUAUACAAUAGAUUAAAUACCAAUCUGAAUUUUACGUUUUGAUGGUUUUCCCUUACUUUGCAAGUAUUUUCAUACUUAAAGUGCUACUCGUUUUCUUUAAUAUUGCCGUUUUCAUAGAAGCAAAAAAAAAUUGACUUUGAAUUGAAAAAUAGGAAUGUAUUGUUCCAAUUAUUUUCAGUCCAGUAUCUGCAUUUUUCAUUGUUAAAUAUCCAGACUAAUCUACCCUACAGAUGUUAUCUUACAUCAUAGCAUCCUACAAGGAGAGGUAUGGCAUCAGAAUUGGUUGGGCAGAGCCCUGAUGUUGUGUCACCAGUGACACAACAGUGUCACUGGAGACAGAUGCCCCACUGACAAGCUGUCUGGCCAGCACUAGCCUUCAGGACCAUGCAGGAAGCAUUGCUGUAAAGUUCCCUACAUGAACCUAGUACUGUACAACAAUGUUUGCUCUGUGCUGCCCGAAGAGUAUUCUCUGAUGUCCCCAGAUGCAUGCAAGCGAGACAACAGGAUAGGACCCUGCAAUCAGGAUAGUGUCCCUUUAAAUGCAAAGUAAGCAUAUUGCUGCAAUUUUAUUCUAAAGCUGCAAUACAAAGAAAUGACAACUGAAAGUACCUUGAGAAUACAUGUCCCUUGACAUACCUGUCAGCUAACCCAAUGAGAGUUGGACAUCCCCGAUUCAGACCUCCUUCCAUUCUCCAUUGACAUCUGGGAACACUAGAAACAAGUGCAGAGGAAGUAAAUGUUCAAACUUUUCUUUAGCUGUUCUUUUCCUCUUGCGUCACUGCACUUCAGCAAAGCUAGUUUUCUUUCUGGACUAGCAUGUCCCUUUAAACAGCGACACAUAUUGCUUAACUGACAUAUUUUCAUCCCAGCUUCCUUCUGCUCUUUGACAGAACCCAAAGCAGCCAGGAAACUUGAAUUACAGAGCAAUCACCCCUGGUUAAAUGAAUUACACAAUACUAGAAUGAACCAGCAGUUUUAAUGUUAUGCAAUAAAAGAAGUAGUUUGAGUGUAGGUAUAAUAAAUGUAAAUAUAUUGUUAAAGGUUAUACUCUUGUAGAUAAUAAAAUACCGAUUCUAACCAAGAGAUAAGAGUUAUCAUGGGCUGGAAUGUUGCACAUUCUUCCUGUCACUAGUGAAUAUUCCUAAAUGUUUUUUUUAUAGAUUUAGUACAUUUGAUACAUAAUAUCAUCCAAUAGUUUAUUACAGUUUCAUGUGAUCUGUGACCUACAUCUGUGGUUCUUUCCUGAAAUCGAAAUUGAUGAUAUAUUUUAGUAGUUACACUGUGUUUCUGUGAUUUUUAAGAUUUCCUUGUCAUUCUAUGUCACGUUGGUCAUUAACUAUGCAUUACACAGGAAGGGUUUUAUAUUGAAGAGUUUUUGUUCUCUAGGCCUAGGGUACAGGUGUGGUAGAGCAGGUGGUAAAUGUAUUUGGCUGUGUUUUUAAGGCCCAACAAUCAGAUUUCUGAUACCUUGCCAGACUUAAAGGAUCACCACAAGCAUCAUAACCACUACAGACUGCUGUAGUGGUUAUGAUGCCCUCAGUACUCUGGCUCUAUUUCUCGGUAAGUGGUCAUGGUGCUUGGAGUAAUCCUUUAAUAGCAGUCUUUGUAGAUGGGGCAUUGUCCUGUGGGGUUGGAGGUUUGGUUGUACUAACCUCCACUUGAAGGAUAUUUGCCAGGUCAUCUUCCAGGCAGUUGAUGUCUGAAAAGGCUAAGGCGUAGAACCAGGCUUCAUCGUAGAUGGAAUAGGCCUCUAGGUCUGUCUAGGUAACGUUCCCAUAUCGCAAGAGGCAGAGCCAAGAUCCUUCCCAUUUUCUGCAGCCAGUGACGGCCAGGUUUGGAAGUUUAUUUGCAAUAUGGAACAGUAGGUAUGAAUCAUUAUAAAUGAGCUUUCCUGGUCACUAUUGAGGACAAAAACUAAAGAUAUUAUAGGGAGUAAGACUUCACAUCUGAAACAAAAAAUAAAAAUCAUCUCAUUAAAAUCUGCUAUUCACCUCUUUAAGGCACUCAAGUGCAUUGCUUCAAUAUAUUGUUUUAGUUUUUACUCAUCAAUGAAACAUUUAGUAUAGAAUAUUAUUAUUAUUAUUAUUUAUUAUUAUUAUUAUUAUUAUUAUUAUUAUUAUCAAUGAAACAAUUAGUAUAGAUUAUUAUUAUUUAUUAUUAUUAUUAUUAUUAUUAGUAUUAUUAUUAUUUAUUAUUAUUAUUAUCAAUGAAAUAUUUAGUAUAGAAUAUUAUUAUUAUUAUUAUUAUUAUUAUUUAUUAUUAUCAAUGAAACAUUUAGAAUAGAAUAUUAUUAUUAUUAGUAUUAUUAUUAUUAUUUAAGGUUUAAUUCAUUUUAACUAAUUUUUAUUAAUAGACUGCAUUUUAUUCAAUAAAUAGAAUGACGUUUAAGAGCUCAUAAUUUAUAAUUCUUAUUUUUCUGUCUAUGUCUUAUAACUCAGAUUUUCUGUCUAUGUCAAAUAAAAAAAUAAAAAAAGGUAUGAAACCAUUAGUAUUAAAGACAUUUACUCUUUACAAUAUUGGACUUGCAGUGUUCCAUGUAUAUAAGAAAUUGCUGGUCUAAUUUUAGGUACUGCAGUUGUGACAAGUUCUCGGGCAGCUGUUUUUACUGACAGUCGAUACUGGACCCAAGCAGAGCGACAGAUGGAUUGCAAUUGGGAACUUCAGAGGACAAGUCAGUGAACUAUCUAUUACAGUAUAUUACAAACAUGCCAAAAUAUACAUUUAUAUUGGCCAGACAAUAUUUUGUAUAGAUUUGCACACAGACAUCUGGAAAAACAAUCAUCUCCACACUUUUAUUAUAAAUAAGCAUCACAUGCAGAUUUGCAAGCCUAUAAAAUAAAUAAAUAAAAUUUUAAUGUUGGCACUGAGCCGUGAUGAACAACCAGUCUAACAUAGAAUGUCAUGAUAAUAGCUAGCCAAGUGACAAUGGCAGUCAAAUGACAAUUGUGAGUGAACCUAUUCUCAUUAAAAUAUUUACAAUUUUGUUUAUUUUUUUCCAUGUUCUUUUUACAAGAUACUUAAAGGUAUACUCUGGGCAUCAUAGUGAUAUAAUAGCGAUAAAGUUAUUAUGGUAGCUAGAGGUACUGUGCACCAUUUAUUAACAGUUGAAUUCCAAAGUGCUUACAAUAGUUGCCAUUCCCCUGACUCCUCUAUCUCCUCCCCUAGACCCCGCUUUAAUGAAGAAGCCUUUUUCACACGCUUUCCAUGUUCAUGAAAUAUUUAAUAUUGACAAGAAAAAAUAUUUUAAUUGUGUUUGUGUUUUACUGAGUUCAUUUUUUAUCAAUAUGGUGCCAAAAUUGUUCCAGAAUGAAUAAUCCACAGCAAAACAUUCUAGUCAUCCCCAAAAUUGAUAACUUUUCUCAAUGAUUAGUAAAUGUAAUGUUAUAACGUAUUAUGUGUAUGUAACAGAUCCCUUAUAUAAGUCCAGAAGUGAAGCAGUGAUUAUAACUCUGAGCUACCCUAAGCAUCAGCCUAGACUUGAUGAAGGUACAAAUGAACUGGUUUAUUAAGGCCAAGUUGCCUGCUUAUAUACACAACCCCCAGCAGGGAUCUCCACACAAUACAAUGCAAGCCCCUCCCAAAGAUCUCUGGGAGAUAAUUGCAUUAAAAACGGUAAGCUAAUUAUCUCCCAGGAACAGAGACGCAAACAUAAAAAUAUAAAACAUAAAAAUACCCAAAAACAUCAUAAGAAUAUAUAAUAACCCCACUAAAAUACAUCCCCAAAUAGCCCUUAUCUCAGUGCCCAAGUUCUCCAAAUAGCGCUCAGAUCCAUGCAGUGUAGGGGAAAGUUCUGACCAGCUGAACACACGUGGUCCUAUGCCCAAAACAGUUCCAGGGCGUUUGAUGCUUUGGCCGGUCAACGUUCGGGAGCUCCUGCGGCCGCAAUACGGGGUGGUCCACCUGGCUCUUAGGUAGUGUUUGUUCCUCUUAGUCUCAGGCACCUUCUCGCCAAAAAGGUAUUGGUCUGUCGUUCAAAACCUCAUGCCGAAUUUAGUUCCAUAACGAUCACGGCUAUGUACCACUGAGAGAGCUAAUGUUCGGUUACAUUUGAAUGAUGGGAAAGUGCCGAACCAGGGGCAACCAGGGAAAGCUGCUAAUGGCGGCUGGGGAGAUUUAACUCCUGAACAGGGUUUUUGUAUAUGACCCAUAAUCCUUGGGCAGGAGGCUAGCUAGCAGGCUCCUUCAGGUGUAUCUUGUCUUUUUUAAUUUAAUGUAAGGCUACUGUUUGUGCAGGGUGAUACAAUGUAACCAGUACUUAAUUUACCAUAAGGUAUUUAUAUUGAUAACUGACUCACAUUUUAAGCUCACUCAUGGGAUUGUCCUUCUCUCUACACUGGUAAUAAUGCAAAAAAUGCAUUUUAAUAUCGGAUUCCUAAUGCCAAGUUGUCAGCCAUUUUCCCCUUUAAAAGAUUCUUAAUUGGUUACAUUUAAAAACGUGCACUACAUAUACUAACCUGAGGAUGACAGUAUGACAAUGUAACUUUAACUCAACCGUCUGAGCUUAAUGUGCAAGAAAGAUAAAUUAUAAUGCUUUACUCCUUCAGUGAAAUUCUUCAUACCGUUACCAUACACAAUGUUUACUGAUGUUUCAUCCCUUUCAUGUAUAAGAUUUGAUUUUGAAGACUGAAUGAAAAAGACCCUUCACUACAAACAAAGGCCCCGAUUUAAUAUUGUUGGACUAGCUUUUCAAAUUAUUUAAUAUUUUUGGAUAAACUUUUAAAAUAUUUUUUCAAAAUGUUUAAAUAUCGAAAAAUAUAUACUAUAUGUAAACUAUCAAUAUAUAUAAAAAAAUAUUAAAUUAAGGACUAAUUUAGGAAUGACCAUUCACCUGUAUCGAGGAGACCUUUCAGUUGUUCCAUUCGGAAUGCCUCCUUGCAUAAUCAAUUCACAUAGAGAAAGUGCCAAAUAUGACUUUGUACUUUGGUUUGAUAUUAACCCCUUAAGGACGGCGGGCUAUACGGUCUCAAAGUUAUCAUAACCAAUCUGGCAAAUGUCAAUGUGUAUAAAACCUGUAAAUGGGAAGUACUGUUGUACUUGUGAGACAUCACUGAAUUUAAAUAUUCUUAAUUUCCAACACUUUUUUUUAGAUUUGAUUCAUAUUAAUUUAUGUUUAACAUAUAAAUAUUUGAUGUGUAAUGAAAGCCCUGUUUCUCAUUAGUAAAAUCUAUAAUAGGUGUGGGUGCACUUAAUAUGAAAGAGGUGAAUUACGGUUGAACAGACACAUAGUCAAAUUCCAGGUUUUGUUUUGAUUUUGUUUUGAUCAUAAUGUGUACAACUGCCUUCGUCCUUAAGGGGUUAAGAAUAUUUUGUGUUUUUACAGACUCAGACCUGGAUUAAUUCUUUAGAGUUUCAAAAUUUGAUUUCGUAAUUUGCUUCCGACAACGUAAACUCCUAAAAGAUUUAUCACAUUUUACUUUAAAAUAAAUAAAUAGUUUGUAAACACUGGAUGCAAAAUGGUCAAUGCCUUUUUGAUUCUGGAAUUCAGUAGAUAACUAAUUGUCAUCAUUUAUCUGCCAUUCAUCAUUGGCAAUGGCAGGCAGAUGAUAUACCUUUAAGACAUAUAUCAGUUAAAGAGACAGGUAACACUUACACUGGUCUGAUAUAGCUGAUAUGUUUAAUGCAGGAAAAUGAACUGGGAUUGUUUGAUAGCCAAUAAUCUGCUGUGGUUAUCUGUUAAAAUUAAUCAUAAUAAUCAUGGUAAUUUUGACUUCAGUUUCAGCUAAUACCAUGUUUUUGUUUUGUUAUCAACAGUAUCAAGCGGUGAUAUUGUGGCAUGGAUCUUCAGCGAAGUAUCUUCUGGUCAACAAAUUGGUUUUGACCCCUUCCUCUUCUCUAUUGGUAUGUUUACUGCAAUAGAUCAAACGGCAAGUUAAUUUCCAUAAAACUGGUAGUGGCAGCAGUAGCGAUUUAAUAAACCAAAAGCUAUAACAGGCAGCAUGAUCCUCAUAAUAUGCAACAUAACGAGCAUGGAUAAUUCUAUAUUAGUCAGAAAACUGUAGCAUCUCAGUGAGAACCAAGAUAGAUCAAUCAGAAACAAAUCAUGUACAAUAGUCCUUCUACGUGAAGACUGAACGGCAACGUGAAUGCACUAAAAAAGUAUAAAAUAUAACAAAAUUGCAUACAAAAUGCUAAACAGAUAACUUAAUCACAUUCAAUAUGAGAGAUUCAAAAUUUGGUAGGACGGCAACAUUUUAGGUUUAUUUUGUUUUCCAAACAGGGGGAAUAAGACAGGCUAUCUUUUCCGUGUCCCCCUCCCCAAACAUUUUGCUCCAAUAAUAUAGUGUGCAUGCUCCAAGCCUGGCAUGUUGCAUUAAAACAAACUCAUUACACUUUGGCAAAUGUCUGUAGCAUUCAUAAAUAUAGCGGAUUCUAGUGUUGUAAACUACUGGUCCACUAGAUGGCAGCAGCUGUUUGUUAGAAUGUUAUUUUAACUGCAGGUACAGCUGUAGAUUUGACUAAAAGUUAACAUUUUGCAACAUGUAGAUUAUAAGCACUCAUGCUGAAAUUAUUGGGUAAGAAAAGAUUGUAGUGGAUGAAUGAUUUUACAGGAGUUGAUUAAGGUAGUUGUGCAUGGGAAUACUGGAGCUUUGAGAAGAAGUGAUACAUUGAAGUAUUUAAAAAAGGAAGUGGUGUCUUUCAUCAUUAUUUUUGUCCAAAAACACAUUACUAUCUGAGCUUAAACAUACUUCCUGGUUUGGUUAGCUCAGUGAGGCAGCAAUUGCCCAGAGCACUUUCCUUGCAAAGACUUCUCAUUGAGUUGCAUUAAGAAGUCUGUGAUUGGGCGAAAGUCUGGGUGGAGUUAAAAGGGGAGGGCUUGCAAAGGCUACAAACAAGAGAUCUGCAGCUUUUGCAAACUGUUUUUAGAUAUACCCCAUUUAAAUAAAUGCAUAAUUAAAUGCAUGUAUGUUUUCAUUGCAGUAUAUCUACUAAAUACUAAAUGCUAAAAAUCUACUAAAUAGAGUUGUUGUUUUUUUUUGUUUGGGCAGUGGAGUGUCCCUUUAAGCAACUAAACAGUCAAAUAGUAAUUUAGUUUGAAAUGGCUUUUUAUGACCCCAAUGAAACAGAGCUUUGGAUUUGGGAUACAUGAUUUGAAUGUAGUUUUCCCCAGUAAGUUAGUUUUCAUAAAAGUAUAAAAUGUAUGACCCUGUGGUAGGCAAUAUUUUUAUCUUGGAUUUUUUUUGACAACCGAUUUAUUUUUAUCAUUAAUAUUUAAUAUGCCUAAUUAUAGAAUAUAGACUCAAACCAGUUGUUUAUGACUCUAUUAUUAGUGGUAGUCUUGGGCUACAGUUUAUAGAUUGGUAGGUGUAAGGAACCCCCUUGAGAUCUAUUUUAUACAUAUUUAUAUUUUGUUUUAUCAUUAUAUCUGCUUGCUUACAGAUGAAUGGACACGUUACAAUAAUUUGAUAAAAGAUUCUGGAAGGAUUCUACAUUCAAUACCAGACAACUUAGUGGAUAAAGUAUGGGGCAGUCAGCGUCCUUCCUUGCCAAACAGUGAGAUUUAUUCACUGCCGAAUGAUUUUGUAGGUAAUGUAUUCCUACCAUUUAUCUUCUAAUUCAGCUAGACUAUGAAUAAUACCAAUACAUUUUAUUUAUAUGCCAUUUGCCUUUCAAAAAUCAGAAGAAGUAAUCACAAACUGAGAGAGGUUUACCCAAUGUUGGUCUUGCUAAUAGUCAGUUUAAUGAGCAGUGAAUUGCGUAGACAACAUUGUGAAAAACAACAUAAGAAGAUUUUGCUCUGUAUAAUGAAGCAUGAGAUGUACAAUAAAACUUGAAAACAAGGUUUUUCUAAUACAAUUUAGAGAUUUCGAAAGGUAAACUUAACGGGUUCCGCUAAAAUGGCAGAAUUUUUUAAGCAUAAUUUCUUUGAGAGAUUCAAUACUUUUGCACUCAGUUGCAUUUGAGGACCCUUAUCCUACUAAUUUAUGGUAGUAACUGUCCACAAUACAGAGCAAUAGAGGUUUUUUCCAUUGUAUAGUGGAUUGCCACAAGCUAACACCCAGACAUUGAGGAGCACACAAUUCACGACUGAGGAUAUUCCUAAUGCUAUAGUUUUAAUAUAGCUAUGGUAAUAUCCACUUACCAUAGCUAGAUUUGAAGGUGGAGAUUUCCUUUAAGUCCUCGACAUGUUGGUCUCCACUCUGCAGGCACACCUCCUUGGUUGAGAUCAAGAAUCUCAGCCAAUCCAAUGCUUUCCCAUAGAAAUGCAUUGUGAAGCAAGCGCCAUGAGACUAUCUGAUUGAAAUAGCAGUAUUUUACUCUGCUAUUUUGGGAAAAGCGUGUUAAGUGGCUGUCAGGACGGUAACCACUAGAGGCAUUUAAACCCUGCAAUGUAAACAUUACUCAACCUGCAGAAUGGAAAUAUUUUGAAAAUGAGGGGGACAUGGCCCUAAACCACUUCACUGAGAUGAAGUGGUCUGGGUUCCUACAGUGUUCCUUUAACCAUAAACAUAAAAAUCUAAUUUAUAUUUUUCAUGAGAGCAUGAAAAACUAUCAAUACUUUAUAGCAGUUUUUUUAUUUAUUUUUUAAAAAGAGAUAAAAACACAAAAAAAGACAUUGCCAAUUAAUUUGAUACAAAACAAUUGCAAAAUAUAAGAGGAUAAUUUCACGGGUAAACAUAGUCAAUAUAAUGAGCUCACGAAUUACAGAGAAAGGAGCGUGGACAGACAUACAGUAGUCUACAGUCUGACUGACCUUGAAAGUCAAAAAGAUUUUUUAAAAAAAAGAGAGAGAGAGAGAGAAAGAAAGAAAGAAAGAAAGAAACGAAAAACAGGGAACGAGUGAAGAAGGGAUCGGAGAAGGAGGGAUGCAGUGACAUUUAUGGAGCAGACUAUAGUUGACCAAUGAGAUGAUCAGAAUAUGGCCUUAAUGUUUUCUAAUUACAUUGGUAUUCGUUUUUAGAGUAACGGUGGUCAGAUUGGGAGGUGUUUAAUGUAACCAGCUCUCCACAAGAGCUACAUUAUAGCAGUUUUUUUAAAUCGUCCAUAGCUCGCUUUUUAGUGAAUAAAAAACUAACGUGAGAAUUCAGAGUGAAUCAAAGUGAAGUUCAAAUUUAGAGGCAGAGUAGCUAAACUGAAAGUAUAGCUGCUAAAAAAAUGUUUCAGAUUAAGCAAUUUUGGCCUUGAUUUUAAAUUCACCUUGAAUUAACUUUGAAUUCUUACUUUAGUAAAUAAACCCUUAUGCCGAGCGAGGAACACUUUGAGUCAGUAAUUAGUGUUUGUCAGGAACUGAAACCACUGUGUUAACACAUUGACAUUAGGUGUAAUAUUUACUUACUUUGGAGGUUAUAUAAUGAAAGACUCUCGUUACACGUAUGACUACACAAGGUUCAGAAACAGCGAAGACUUUAUAGACUGCAGCUCAGCAACUCCGGAAACAGAACUGAAAUCUGCAUUUUGAAUGCACGUCAGUUGACAUCCAUAUUUAUUUAUAUAUUAUCUGUCCCUGUGAGAAGCUAGUCUGUGUCAUUAACAUGUACAAUCAAAUUACUUUUACAUUCAAAUCAUUAAAAUUAAAGUAUGGAGCUAUAUUGUUUAGUUGUUUGCAAUUCUUAAAAAGAAAUGAUAUAUAUAUAGUAUACGUGUAGAUACAUGUAUUGGUGCUUGUGUGUGGAUGUAUGUGUAGGUGUGCAUGUACAUAUAUUUGGGCAUUUGGUUGUAUUAUAUGUAUAUUGUAUGUACUUGUGUAUAGUGUUCUUGUGUGUACUUGUAAAUAUUCACUACUACUGUAUAUGUACAUGUGUGUGAGUGUGUGCGUGUGUCUGUGUAUGCUGGAUAUAGGCCUUCAUGCAUAUCCUGUAACUCUUGGAUUGGAAUUUAGGUAUUGUUUAUAUUAAUACUCCCCCCUUCUAGCACCAUUUUCAGCACUGUUUGCUUGUUUUUUUUUCUCUCUCUCCCCCUCACUCUGUGAUCUUCGCAUAAGAUAUUUACGACCCUCUGCAAGAAUGGUGUCUAUGUUCUAUCAAACCUGUGUCUUAUCUACACUCAUUUCGCUUUAACCCCUGUAUCACAACUCAGCUUUAAAUUCUAUGUGUCGUCUUGCUCAGAAAUGCUUCAGACUUUAGAAAGGGAGGUUCUCCCGAAAACUUGUCACUAAAAAAAUAUGUUAGUCCAAUAAAAAAGAUGUUACAACAUUGUAUCUGUUUUUUACAUAUAUAAAUUAUAAAAUCUUGUUAGCAAAAGAGACAGAUUGCAAGAGAACAGAACAAAACUCGUAUAACUUGUCCAUCUUUGGCCCCUGAUCAGGUCUCAUGCUAGUUUUUAACUCACUUGUUCUACUACAGAUAAAAUCUACACCAUUUUCAUAUCAAACUGAUCCCACUCAACAGGGCAAUACAGAGCCCAUGCCCCUUUCUACACACUAUAUGCUUUAGUCUAAUACUAUACUAGAUUAAAACACAAAUAAAAUCAUUUUAAAAUGGAUGUCUGUAUUUAACAGUAAACACAGGGCUGGUGCUUGGAUUUUUAGGUACAUAGGCGAAGAUGCAUUUUUCCGCCCCCCCCCCAAAAAAAAAUCUUCACCUAUGUGCCUCUUAACCAGCCCCUCUCCCCUCCCUGACCAUUAGUGGUCCCUUCCCUUCCCUGUCCCUUAGUGUUCUUCUCCCCUCCCCCCUUUUUUCCCUGUCUCUUGGUGGUUCUCUCCCAUUCCCUCCCUGUCCCUUGGUGCACCCCACACCCCUUUAGUGGUCACACUUCCUGGUGUGUGCCUCCUACCUCUAUUGUUGCAUUGCCAAGCGGAGCAGAUCCCCUAAAGGAGCUUCACUUUUCUGUACCCGGCCGGACUGACAGGAAGUGCUCUCUCUGUGAGCACCUCCUGUCAGUCUGGCCAGGUACAGGAAACAGAAGCUCCUGUACCGCGCUCUGCUCCACUACACUCUGUACACACUGACAGUCACACACUCAAUGACAAACACACAGACGUCACUGACAGACACAGACUCAUUGAUCUGACACACUCAUUCAUUGACACUGACAGACCCACACUGAUUGACACUCAUUGACAGACACACUGAUAGUCACACACAGACUCAAUGACAAACAUACUCUCACUGAUUUGACAGACACACACUCAUACACUGACAGACACACUCAUACACUCACAUGCACACACACUCAUACAAUCACUCACAGACACACACAGACACACACAGUCACUCACAGACACACACACUCACACACACACUGUCACUCACAGACACACGCUCAGUCACUCAGACACACACACUCAUACAAUCACUCACUCACACACACACACUCAGUCACUCAGACACACAUGCUGUGACUCACAGACACACACACAGUCACUCACAGACACACGCUCAGUCACUCAGACACACACAUGCACACACACUCAUACAAUCACAUACACACUCAGUCACUCACAGACACACACACUGUCACUGACAGACACACACGCUGUCACUCACAGACACACACGCUGUCACUCACAGACACACACACAGACGCACACAGUCACUCGUGGAAACACACACUGUCACUCACACACAGACACACGCUCAGUCACUCAGACACACACAUGCACACACAUUCACAGACACACUCACUCACUCACACACACACACACACACAUGCUGUCACUCACAGACACACACGCUGAUGCACAGUCACUCACAGACACACACUGUCACUCACAGACACACACAGUCACUCAAAGACACACACACUGUCACUCACAGACACACGCUCAGUCACUCAGACACACACAUGCACACACACUCAUACAAUCACUCACAGACACACACUGUCACUCACAGACACACGCUCAGUCACUCAGACACACACAUGCACACACACUCAUACAAUCACUCACAGACACACAGACGCACUCACUCACACACACACACACUCAGUCACACACGCUGUCACUCACAGACACACAUCACAUACAUUGACUAAUUAUUUUAUAAAUACACAUUUUCCACCCAGCCUCCCUACCUGGAGAGCUGGUGUGGAUGAUGGAUCGGUCCCUGAGGGGUGGGGCUGCUGAGAGGCAUGCGACAGUGCUGCGAUCAGGCGCGGCGAGAGAGCUCUAAUCUCCACCCUCUGCUCCCUCGCGGGCUGCCUACUGAUGCCGCGGGAGCCGGAAUAUGAUGUCAUAUUCCGGCUCCCGCGGCAUCAGUAGGCAACGCGCGAGGGUGGAGAUUAGAGCUCUCUCGCCGCGCCUGAUCACAGCACUGCCACGCCGGGGGUCGAGAUGGUGCCCUGGCAGGAGGGAGAGCUUCCCUCCUGCCGGUCACUGAAAUAUUGCGCCCCCAGAGCCCGUGCGCCCUAAGGCGGCCGCCUGUGCCGCCUUAUGGAUGCGCCGGCCCUGAGUAAACAUAAGGAACUGCACUCAAUCCCAUCAACCUGAGCCAGGGUGCAACUAAACCAGGACCAAGCACCAUGUUCAAGUGGCAAUUGUAUAAUAUACAAGAAAUGGUUCAGGCACUCCAAGGUUCAGAAUGGCAAAUUUAUUGGAGCCCAAAGCAACGUUUUGACCUUACAGUCUUUGUAUUUAACAGAAGACAUCAUGUUUCCAUUAGUUUGUAUUCUUCUGACCACUACAAUUACAGAAUCUGUUAUCUGGUUGUUAAUUCUGGAACAAUAGUUAAUUUUAAGUACCCAAAUUAGAUUUAAUUGUUUAUUUUUUAUUUCCUAAUUUUGCGAUUCCGAUGAAUUUCUGAGGUUAUCCACUUCUUUUUCUCAUGUUCCCUUGAAUAAGAUUUAGUGCUCUUUAGGCACAGUCUGUUGUGAUUUUCUAUGAAAGGAACGAAAAUGAGAAGAAUGGUCCCUCAAUCUGGGUUGUGCAGGUUCUAUCAUACUGUUAAUGGUGGACUUUUCAAAUGGUACAUGUACAAAUGGUGGUCAGUCUUAUAUGAACCAACUAGAAAGCAAUGCUAAUAAAUACUUUUAUAACCUUUAGCUCUUACCAUUUAUUUUUUUCAGGGGAUACCUGGCAGCAGAAAGUGGAGAAUAUUCGUGAUCAAAUGAAAAAACAUGCCCAGAAGCCCACUGCUGUGCUACUCUCUGCCUUAGAAGAAACUGCAUGUGAGUGGAACAAAUUUAUCAGUAUAGAGUUACAUGCUCAAGUUACAUUGUAGCUGACACGGUUAACCUAGGAAGGUAUACAAAUUCUUAUACAUUGUGCUGGAGAAACAAGACAAAACAUGGAGAUUUGUUUCUUUUUGAACUGCAGUUCGUUUGAAUUUGGACUGAUCGGUUAAUUGUCUAAAUUCCCGAACUGUGAGCCCAAAUCAUGAACCAACCUAAAAGAGCAAAGGACAAGGAUAAUUUGUGAUACAGAAUUCCACCUGUGGCUCCAAAAAAAAAAAAAGGAAAUGAUUGAAGGGGACAAAGCAUGGGGACAACCACUAAAUCCUGAUUUUAUUCACAGAGCCAAAAAAAAAAUAAUAUAUACAUAAUUAUGUGGCAUUAUAAUAUAUUAACUAGAGUGAAAAUACAGCAUAAUUUACUAAUUAUGUAUCGCUAACUAAUCAAUGUACUAAAAUCACUUACUGUGCCAUUCUGUUUCUUAGGGCUUUUUAAUCUCCGUGCGCAAGACAUUCCCUUUAACCCAUAUUUUUACUCAUAUGCAUUGCUGGCUGAAGAUUCCAUCAGGUUUGCAAACCCACUCUACUUAAACUGCUGUGUGUAUUGAAUGCUUUAUUUAACAACAGUCCAAUAAAUUGUCACUGCAAAUGUGGACUUCUCGCACAAGUGCAUCUAAAUAGUAAAGUCUUAGAAAAUAGUUACCCAUUGGAAAGCUGCCUCACCAAUCAUAGUUACUCAUAAAGUACCAUGCUACAUAUUAGGCCUGGAUCUAAGAUACAAUGUCUGGACCAAUCACAACUCUAUUUAUGGUCAGAUUUAUUUUGUAUGUAUAUAUAUAGGACUAAGGCCAGCCAGUCCAAAAUAUCUGAAGUGUACCUUUUAUGUACCAUUUACUAAUGGAUUACAAUAUUUAACCAUCUACAUGUAUUUCUUAUGUUAGUCAAGGUUAGUAAUUGAACAGGAAGGAAGGUGAUUAAAGUAUUUGGGAUGGGCCUUUCAGUGAUGUGUAAAGACAUAUGUACAUCUGCAAGGUCGCAAACAUAUGCCUGAAUUCAUCUAAAUUACUAGGCUACAAAGUCCUAGCAUUGUACAGAUUAAUGAUAAAAAAUGCUAGAGUUCAAAGUCUAAUUCUUUUGAUUUUUCAUAACUUUUGGGGAUAAAAUGUAAGCUAUGCGUUAUAUCUUGCCUUUGCCAUUGCAAAAUAUUCAGCAAAAUAAGUUAAAAUGUUUUCAGUGAGUUUGAUUAGUAAACACAACAGGUUAUCAAUAGCAAAACCCUAUUUUCUCCCUUGGAAUUUACCAAGACAGAAGCGAUAAGAGGAUGCAUAGUCAGAGCCAGAAAAUAAGAAUUCACACAUUUCAUUACCUUUAAAACAUGAAAAGGCAAUAAUGUUCUCAACAUAUUGUCCUGUAGGUCUGUGAACAUGAACCGUUAAUGCUAUGUAUGUUUGUGUAACUAUAUGACUGUGAAAGAAUAUAAAGAAAGAUUAAAGUGUUCCAUGAAUGAUGAUCCUGUCCAUUUCCAAGUUGUUUAUUUCAUUUAGAAUACUGACAAGCAGACACACACUAUUUCUGUUCUAAUGUUUUCCUCUUUUAUAUUCCCCCAAUAGUUUGUUUGUAAAUAACAUGUCCCGCAUCACUCCUGAACUUUCAACUUACCUGAACACCAAUUGCCCACAGUCAACAUGCGUCAAAGUGCUUGACUACAAUCAAGUUCGGGAGAGUGUAAUUGACUAUGUGAAAGGAAAUGUGAUAGUAUGGAUUGGAACCAAAUACACCAAUUAUGGACUGUACGAAAUAAUACCAAAGGUACUAUUUUCAAUAAUUUAUACUUUAUACCAUAAAUGUCCUGAAAUUUGUAUCUAAAUGAAAGCGAUUACAAAUCGGUGUCUUUAUUUCAUAACCAAGAAUUUUCAUUUUUAUUGAUCCAUGUGAAUUUAUCCGCGUAGUACAAAGCUAAAGUGUUCAUGAGUCCAACCUAUAUAAUUCUUGUUAUGUUGCCUGGUUGAGAUCAAUGUCCAGGCUGCCAGCAGUUAAAGCUGUACACAGUGAUUUGUUUUAAAAGAAAGGGUGCAUAAAAUAUAUGGUAGGCUGGGUUUAGGAUUAUUUAGUUUAAUAUAGUAUGGAUUUUAUUGGAUUAUGGUUGCUGUGAUUAGUGGAAUGAUCAAGAAGAAGCCUGUUUAUAGAUAUAGAUUUUUGAAAAAGAGUUUGAAGAUAAUAAGCGAUAGAGUCAGGCAUUGCAUGUUAAUCCUAUAUGUUAAGGGCAGCUUUGGAAAAUUGGUGUAUAAUUAAUAAAAGGGUUGUGAUGGAAAAUGGAAAAUGUUUUUUGUAAAUCAGGAUAAGGAAUUUUAUUUUUAUUUUUUAUUUGUUCUUUUGAAUGGAUGAUACAAAGUGAAGGGUUUUGCAGAUCCGUGGAUGGUUGAUGAGCAAUGAAGAUGAGUCAAGAAAGGAAACAUUUUGUGUAGCUUGGAACUGAGUCAAAUGGUUGCCAGGAUGACAGAUAAGGAAGAGGUGUAAAUAGCCAAUAUUCUCCUUCAUUAAAUGAAUGCAUUAAAAGUGUUUAUUUUAGUAAGAAAUGUCUAUGUGUUGUGACAAACAUACUUCCCUGUGUGUGUUUGCCCAGGAUCUUUUGGCAACUGCACAGCCCUCUAGGGUAAGGAAGCCAGGCCAAGACAAAGUUUAGUUUCAAAGGCCUCUGGCCUGUUUAUUUUCUGUUGAUAAGAAGUAACAGGAUACAACAGGAUACAACAGGAUACAACAGGAUACAACAGGAUACAACAGGAUACAACAAGCAGCAAACCUUCUUUCUCCUCAAAAACACUUCCCUCACUCCACCUUGCUUUAGCUGCAGUUAUAUAGCUGCUCACAGCCCCUACAGGUGAGGCUAAUGACCUUGUUAGGUAGUGAACCAGAACUCCUUAAAAAACCUGGGAUGGACUCAUGCACAGCCACUCUGACAGUGGGUGGAAAAUCGCCACACCCUGCUGUUCCGAAUACUCCACCCCAGGGACCCUAAUAACAACAGAGAAAAAAAGACCUACAUUUAACCUUAACUUUCACUGGGGAUGCAUGUGCUUAACCACAUGUCAGGAUGGUGGCUGUGCAAAAGUCUGGGUGCCAGAUAUACACCCCUGACCACCAUCUCCAACACUCUGUCACAGUGUGCAAUAUUUUUGAGAUGGAGGCAGCCAGACCAGGUGCGGGGAUUGAACAUUAGGAAUAUACGAGAAGACAUUCGAAUAAAGCACAACUGUUAGAGAUUUAGUAAUGUAGAGUAGCAAGAAAAAUUAUAUUCACAUUGACAGACAAUUUAUAGAAUAUCUACCAGUAGCACUGGUUUAAUUCAUUUUAUCUGUGCUUGUUUCUAGGAAAAGCUCCUGGCUGAAGAAUACUCACCUGCUAUGAUAACAAAGGCUGUAAAAAACAAGAAAGAGCAAGAAUUACUGAAAAACUGCCAUGUGCGUGGAAAUAUUUUAUAAUGUUCUUUUCACCUGCAAUCAGUCUGUUGAUUAUAAUGAAUGUCAGUUUGGUAUAAAAUAAAGCAGCAUCUCACUCUUUCGUAGCCGUCGACAUGAAUAAAACUAACCUUCACAACUGAGAAUAAAGGAGGGAUAUUGUGAACAAAUACACAAUCCCUGAAUUGUAUGUAUGCACAUAUAUAACACUAUGCAACAUGUAACACUAAUUUAUUUUGUAGAUCCGAGACGCGGUGGCAGUAAUUCAGUACAUGAUCUGGCUAGAGAAGACAGUACCUUCAGGGACAGUAAAUGAAAACAAUGCAGGAGACUAUGUAGAUUCACUUCGAACGUGAGUGCACUUUUUAAUUUGGCUACUUAAACUUAUCAUCAUUCUGAAUCAAAACUACAGCAUUAAUUGAAUUCUGCCAUGGAGGAGCACUCCAAACACAUAAAUAAUUUUAGCUUGCUGAAGUGUUUUGUCUGAAGGUGAGUCCUCUUUUUCAUUUCACGAACAGUGCAGAUUUUGACAGAAAUGGGCAGUUUUAUGAAUUAACCUUACACCCCAUAGCGGUCAAUCAGACAACCAGCCUGUUACUUCCUGAUUGUUUAGCUCAGUGGAACAAAACUCAAGAGGAAGAAAUUGGCCGAAUGACCUGCCUUGCAAAGACUUCUCAUGGAACUGCAUUGGCAAGUCUGUAACUUGAUGUUUCCUUUAUUCCACAUAUUUACUGGCAUCAAAUGCACACUAUUAUUUAGAUUUUGAUUCCUGGAGUUUUGCUUAACAUUGCAUCACAUUCCUAAAAUAAAUUUUAUUGUAGUCACGUUUUUGACAAAUCUAUUCUAAUAUGAAGUGUUUUAGAUGACAAAACUUAACAUCCUUCACCAUGUGACAAGAAGUUCUUCUACAUUUUGAGGGGGAGUGAGGUGCUGUAGCCCCAUACGACCCUGAAGGAAAAACUGUUGUGUACUUCUGUUUCCCCCAAGGUUUAUGUAUUAUAUGGAUUAAAUUGUAUUCUGAACCAAUAUCAAAUACAUAUCUUUACUAAUUCCAGGAAGCAGGCAUACUUCAAAGGUCCAAGUUUUGAAACUAUAUCUGCCAGCGGCUUGAAUGCAGCUUUACCCCACUAUAGGUAAGAUGUGAGAGAAUGAAGGUGAAGGGAGGCUUAAUAUAAUUUCUGCAAUAUCUAAAGGUCUAAGUAGUAUAUGUUCAUGUGGAUGACUGGGUGUAAGGGAUGUUUCCAUUACCCAGAAUGCACUGUGAUGCCCACAAUUAUACUUACAUGGAUAUAAGAUGACAUCCAUAGGUCAAUAGUAUGUGACAACAUUUACAUAUUUAAUUCCAUCAAAGAUCCAGCAUUUUACAUAUUUAGAUACAUAAUUUGGAAAGUUAUUGUAACAGUAUUGAAUCAUUUGAAAAACAUAUUAAAUCAAGGCCAAAGAAGGCAAACAAAAAUACACUGGAACUUCAAUCUGAUUGGCUGCAAUAAAUGGAGUAUGGCUGCUACAGUAUACAUUUUUAUUAUGGGUAGUUGCCUUGUACCUAAUUUCCGAUGAAUAUUAUGGAGGAAUGCAAACCAUUAGGUACCAGUACAAUAACAGGUAUAACAUGUGAUGUCAGGGUAUGUAUGUAUGUAUGAUGAGAACUGUUGAAAUAGUGUCAACUUCAUAAUGUGAAUUUGCAUCAAUAUAUAUAUAUAUUUUUUUUUAUAGAGCAUCUAAUGAAACCAACCGUGGACUCACUAUAAAUGAAAUGUACCUGGUUGAUUCUGGUGGUCAGUAUCUGUGAGUAUUUAGUAUUUAUUUAUUUUCUUUCAUAACACUAUCUGUAUUCAUUAUUAUGUCUUCUCAAAGAAUCUUUGAAUAAUUUAUAAAUUCAUUCAAAACUUAAACUAACAAAGAAUUAAUUUUGUGCAUUUACCAAAAUAUUUACUGUUUUUAUCAUUAGCAUUGGGUUACAUAGUUACAUAGGCUGAAAAGAGAUGUGUCCAUCACAAUCAGCUUUCCUUGAAUCUGUUUUUUGCUGUUGAUCCAAAAGGCAAAAAAACCCCAGUUUGAAGCACUUUCAAUUUUAGAACAAACUAGGAAAAAACGCCUUCUUGACCCCAGAAUGGCAGUCCUAUUUAUCCUUGGAUCAAGAAGCUAUUACCCUAUUGAAAAAUGAUAACUUUGAAUAUUAUGUUUUUGCAAAUAUUCAUCUAGUUGCUGUUUAAACAUCUGUACAGACUCUGAUGAAACCACUUCUUCAGUCAGAGAAUUCCACGUCCUUAUAGUUCUUACUGUAAAAAAAAAAUAUUUCCAUUGCCUUAGACUAAAUCUCCUUUCUUCCAGUCUUAACGCGUGACCUUGUGUCCUAUGUAUAGCCCUGUAUGUGAAUAGAUUUCAAGACAAUGGUUUGUAUUGGCUCCAGAUAUAUUUCUAUAAUUUUAUAAUAUGCCCUCUGAGGUGACAUUUUUCUAAACUAAAGAGAUUUAAAUUUGUUAACCAGCGCUGAAAUUAUAUUCCAAUACAAAAAUGAGAGCACUCACGGGAUUCCAAAAUUCCAAAUCGUGUUUAAAUGGUGCAAAUAUAUAUAUAUAUAUAUAUAUAUAAAUAAAACAAAAUGUGGUCCAAUCAAUUGACAUUUUCCCUCUUUGGUUCUUUUUCAAGAUAAGUGUACAAAGAGGUCGAAACAUCAUUUGGGUGGAUGUAACACUUUUUUGUUGCACAAAUAAAUACACACUGGUAAAGUCCUGUGAGUUAACCACAUUUUUUUGUUUUCUUAAAUAUUUAAUGUGGUUUUGUACGCAGGCAUAUUAAUUCUUGUAAUUUAUUUUUCUUUUGUUAUUCGUAUAUAUACAAACAAGUUGGGCUAGGCCAGUGUGGAGACCAAAAGGUCAAAUGGAGCCAAGAAAGGGUUAAAGCAUUAGUGGUAAAAUGAAGACUGUUGCGAAAAGUCACAAAGUUAGUCGACUGUUUGUGAAAAGAGAGUUUAUUCCAGUGAAAUAUAACAAGUAAUAAUGAAUGGAAUCAGAUCAGGAGGAGGUAAUACCUUGAUAUUCAGAAUAUUCUGAUAAAUCAAGCAGUAGAAUGAACCUCACUGCAUGUGAAAUUCAGUUUUGCAUUAACAAUUUUCACAUUAAAUGUAAGAACAUUGACUAACUUGUUUCCAAAUAUUUUUCAGUGAUGGGACAACUGAUAUAACAAGAACUGUCCAUUGGGGAAAACCAAGUGAUUUUGAAAAGGUUUUUUUUAUUUCUUAUGAAAUACUGUGUGAUUUAUUAGAUAUCAUCUACCAAUGCAUUCAUUUUGCUAACCUUCACCAUGGAGUCUCAGAAUUUAGGAACAUUGUAGCCCAAAAAUAAAUGUAACACGCAUAUGCUAUUUCAACAUAUGCUUAUGACUUUUGAAAAUGUGCAGUUCAAUAAUGUAAUUAUUAAAUGUUAAAAAGAGAAUGUAAUAAAAAAUAUAAUUAGUUCUACAAAUAAAUCACAAAUAAAUUUAGGUGGAGCUUUACAAAAGGUAAGAGACAGGGAUGGGCAUGGUCAAAGAAGCUUAUGUCUAAUACCCCCUUAAUAUACAUUGACUGGAUGUUUUUCUGUAACCUUUUAAAUCUAUAUAAUUAAUACUGUGUAUACCAAUAUAGUCAGGCUAGUUUUAUUUGUUUUGGGGUUUUUUUUGCACUUGUUCAAAAGAACCAAAGGUUAAACAAAAAUUAUGCAGUUAUCAUAUUUUGAAAUAAAAAUGAAAAUAUAAAAACAAAUGAGCUAUUAUAAAGAAAAUAUAAAAAGUUUAUAAUUAAGGGAAUUUAGGCUGCAAUAGCCAAGCUCUAUUUUGCUACAUUUGCAAUUCCUUUGUCAUUCCCCUCCCAACUUCUUCAUUUAGUAAAUAAGGACUUUAAACAGUUUUCAGUGCUAGAGAACUGGCUUGAUAAACUCUCUACUGGGGGAUACAUUUCCCAGUAAAGAGUUAACUACACAUGCAAGUCUCAAAUCAUAUUCCCCUCUCAGCAUAAGUGAUAGCAUAUUUUACAUACAAGAGAUAUGCUAAGCUUCACAACAACUUUAGCUUAACAAAGGAGUUUGUAUGUAAAGUUUAAGCCCCAGCAGUCUCACUGCUAAAUUCUCUACUGUUUAGGUGUUAAAUUACAUUGUUUAUUCAGCUCUUGCCACACCUCUACUAGUUACAACUAACACAGCCUCCAUAAAAUAAAGGUUUAAUUUUUACAGCACAAUGUGUGUAUAUUAGAAGUUUUGAUCUCCUGCUCUGUUAAUAAAACUCUAACCACAGGUGGCUACUAUAGGCUGCAAUUAAAAGUGCAGGAGAUAAGAAAUCAUUAAUUAAACACACUGUGCAAUAAAGCAAUUUUAAAAAUUAGAUAUCUCUUUACAGGAAGCAUGUAGAGAGGCUGUGUGAAUCACAGGCAGGGGAGGUGUGGCUAGGACUGCAUAAACAAAGCGUCUUAAUUCUAAAAUGACAGUGAAUUGAGCAGUGAGUCUACAUUAGCUAUAUACCAAACUGUUUCAUCAAGCUAAAGUUGUGUUGGUGCUUAGCAUAUCCCUUUAAUAGUUUAUUUUAUUACAUUGAGUACAUGCUAAUAGGACAGCCCCAUUAGUGUGCUGCUUUUUGCAUACUUUUUUACAGUAAGAUAUUAUACCUGAUUGAAAUGGGCUGAAUUAAGUUGUAUUGCCUUAAGUGUCAAAAGUGAACGAUAUGUAAUUAAAAAGUAAGUCCAGACUAAUGUUUCCUAAUAUUUCACAAUGUAUCUCAAUAGGAAGCAUAUACCAGAGUCCUGAUUGGAAAUCUUGAGUUAAGCAUGCUUGUUUUUCCUUCAGCUACAUCUGGUGAGUAAUGUAUUUGUUUCACUAUCUAUUCGUAGAGAAGAAUGUUCUGACUGUUUACUAAAAAUCUUACAAACAAAUGUCCCACUGUUACGCUCUUUUUUGAGUAUCACUGUAAAAAAACAUACAUAAACGUAAAUCUUCUACCAGUGAUGUCUUUGGAACAGAUAAUGCUCUUUAUUCGUGAAUCAAUAAGUUUCAAUCAAUUGACAUCAACAACAAACCUGAGGCCACAAAAUAUAAUACUAUAUAACUGCUCACAAUAUAGUUUAUACACUCUAAUAGAAGCAAAAUGUAACCAUUUUAAAGGACAGGAAUUUUAGUUUGAUGCAAUUUUUGUUUUGAAAGCUGGACAACAACGAACAUGUACUAGACAUUGCAUUUGAAACCAUAUUUUUAGGAAAAAAUACUUUUUUUCUUAGCAAUUAUUUGCAAAUGGGAUUGAAAUGACUGACCCACCUUACCUCCUCUCAAUCAGUAAACAAGUUUGGUAAAACUUUAUUAACUCAUUGUAACCAUGAAGGAGGGGGAGGAAUGGAUCAUAAAUAAAUGACUCAAUGAAUAUGUUCUGUGACCAGUGCGAUCACUUUGAUACAUGUGACAUUUUCCAUUUUCUUUUCUUUUUUCUAUCAGGACGAGUAAUAGAGUCUUUUGCAAGGCGAGCUUUGUGGGAAAUCGGUCUUAAUUAUGGUCAUGGUACUGGGCAUGGAAUAGGAAACUUCUUCAGUGUUCAUGAAUGUAAGUAAGAAUUAGCUGUUUAUUGCAUUUUAAUACUUUAGGGUGUGUUUACUGAAUAUGGAUUUUCAGCAAAAUAACGAUAAAUUGGAAAGUAUAAAUAAAGAGGGACGAGUUAGCCAAGCUAGAGAUUUUUUGUUGUUGUAAUUGAACUGUUAACAGUGUGUACUGUUACUCGCACUGGGCAAUUGGUCAUAGGCAGAGAGACGAUUCACCCAGCCAAUCACCACAUGGGCGGUCAAUGCUUCCCUUUACCAUAGUGGCUGAGAACACAAGACGUAAAUGCAAAUCCUGUGUUGAAGCAUUUGAAAAUGGUCAAACAUCAUAAGGUAAGAGUAAACAUGGCUGUUUUAGGAGUGGAGUGGUGCUUUGAUUACUGCAACCUUAUCAAUCUCCCCAAAAUUCACAUUGCCUUCUACAGUAUGAAUGAAUAGCACUUCCAGACGUAUGUUCAUCUGCUCCUCCUCUCACACUGUAAUCCUUUGUCAAUUGGUUAUUGAAUUUCCAUACUCUUCAGGAUCCAAAUCAAAUUACUGAUACUAAGCUACACAGACCUCAUCACCAAUACCCUCGCCCGGGCCCCACGUGUAGCGGGGGAACUGCCACUGGUGCAGUUCCACCAGGGCCCGCACUCUGAUGGGGCCCUAUAUCUUCAGGAGCCCGGUCAGUGCUGUGGCCGUGGUAUAGCACGACCGGGCCCCUUUAAAAAAAAAAAAAAACGCAGCCGCUGCAAGUGCUGCUGGAAGGAAUUGGUCACUUCCUCCCAGCUCACUCCAUGCGGGAGGACCGCAAGCCAGGCAAUGAGGGAGAGCCAACCGACUACUUCCAUCAGCCCCAGCCACCCUCCUGCAAAGAAAAGGUAAAAGACAGGAGGGUGGCUGGAAAAUGAGCUGUGUGUGUGUGUGUGUCUGUAUUAAUGCAUGUAUGUCUGUCAGUAUGUAUGUAUGUAUACCAGUAUCAAUGUAUGUCUGUAUGUAUGUAUAUAUGUCUGUAUGUCUGUCAGUAUGUAUGUAUGUAUGUAUGUAUGUAUGUCAAUAUCAAUGUAUGACUGCAUGUCAUUAUGAAGUAUGUCUGUGUGUAUGGAUGUAUGUAUGUAUGUUAUUAUGUAUGUCUGCAUGUAUGCAUGUAUGUAUGUAUGCAAGUAUCAAUGUAUGUCAUUAUGCAUGUCUGUAUGUAUGUAUAUAUGUCUGUAUGUCUGUCAGUAUGUCUGUAUGUAUGUAUAUAUGAAUAUAUGUAUAUAUGUAUGUAUGUCAGUAUCAAUGUAUGUCUGCAUGUCAUUAUGAACAUAUAUCUGUGUGUAUGUGUGUAUGGAUGUCCGUAUGCAUGUAUGGCAGUAUGUAUGUAUGUAUGUCUGUCAGUAUGUCUGUAUGUAUGCAUGUAUGUAUGCAUGUAUGUCAGUCUGAAUGUAUGUAUGUCUGUAUGCCAUUAUGAAUGUAUGUCUGUAUGCCAUUAUGAAUGUAUGUGUGUAUGGAUGUCAGUGUCUGUAUGUCUGUCAGUAUGUCUCUCUAUAUGUGUAUGUAUGUCUGUAGGUCAUUAUGAAUGUAUGUCUGUGUGUAUGGAUGUAUGUGUGUAUGUAUGUCAGUUUGAAUGGAUGUCUGUGUCUGUAUGUCCUCAUGCAUGUGUGUCUGUAUGUAUGUUAGUAUGUGUCUGUCUGUCACCAUGUAUGCCUGUGUGUCAGUAUAUGUGGGUAUGUCUCAGUAUGUGUGUGUCAGUAUGUAUGCCUAUAUGCAUGUAUGUCUGUUUCAGUAUGUGUGCCUGUUAGUGUGUAUCUGUGUGUGUGUAUCUGUGUCCUUUUGUAUCAGUGUGUGUGUUUGUGUCUGUGUGUGUAUUCCUGUGGGCGGGAUUUGGAGGCGGACCCUGUGGGCAGGAUUGGAGGUGGGCCCCAUGUGACACUCGCUAUAUUUCCUCUUUAAUUCAUUAGUACCCUUCUUUAUCACACUGCUCUUGUCCUCUUUUCAUAUCCACAUUGCUAAUUAUCACCAACAGCAUUUAACAAAGACCACACAAUUUGCAAAUUUCCUACCUCAAUCUGUCAGACGUUCCACUAGUCUCCAGUCCUUUAGAAUAACAAGCAUGUACUAAACAUUGCAUAUUAAGAAGAAGUUCCUAUACCUGGCUUCCUCCUAGAUUGUAAGCUACAACAGAACAUGCUUCAUCUCAUAUUUCGGUCCACACUCAUUUUUUUAUUUACUUGUUAUUUUUAUAUGAAAAAUUACAGAGAAUCAAGGAAUAUGUUGUAUGAAUAAUAACAAUUUUGAUUUAGGGAUAUGACGCACCACAGUUUGUUUGCACAAUGUUUAGUGAACAGACAAAAGAAACAGUUCUCUUACUCAAUCCUGGAGAGAAAAAUGUGAGUUUCAAAAAUUCAGCAAGGAAUGAAAAUAGUAUAUAGCAAGAUGGUCCAAUUAAUGAAAGGAGUCUUCACCUGCUUGGGGAAUGAAGUGAGUUCCUCUUCCGUAAAAAACAAUCAUAAACUUUACAAACCACAGCUUCACUAGAGAGACUAGAUCUUCAACUUGCUAAAUAUUAGACUUGUGCAUAUGGUUUCAAACAAAUAGCAAUUCAUCAAAACCUGGGCAAUAGAUUAACUUUUUGUUAGUUUUGGGUUUUAGAGUUCCACCCAUGGAGUCCAAAAAACGAUGGCAAAAAAAGAUGAUUAACAAAUAUAUAAUAUAUAAAUACAGAUUUUUUUACUGCUUUUCCUUUUGGUCAGAUGUUCUCGCUUGAUCUGUGAAUGGUUUGUCCAAAGCAUUUUUCCUAAAAUGGUUGCAUGGACGAUUUUUUUCUGAAUGAAAAGCCACAUGGACGAAACACCAAAAAAUCUGAAUCAAAACCUUUUUUCAGACGGAUCGAUUCUGACAAACCAAACAUUUUUUCCUUUGCACAAGGCUACUUAAAAAUAUUCACCAGACUGAUUUACUUACCUAGAGACAGACUUUUUUUUUAUCUCAUCUUCUAAAAAGUUCAUGAUACAGUGGAUGGAUUAAGAUGUAGGGUAAAAAGAAAAAUUACACCAAACUCUUCACACUUUUUACGUCACAGUAUCCUUGUUAAUAGGCGUAAACCAAUAUUUAAAAUGUGUAUUAUUUUUUUAUUGUCUAUAGCAAAGACCCCUAUACAUAUGCAAUGUCACCUAACAGUACAGCUAUAUAUAGUGGAAAAGUAAAAAAAAUAUACUUUUUUUUCUCUUAUUUAUUUAGUACGAAAAUAAAAACAUGAACAAAAAGGCUUCAAUUGCUUCUGAUGAUAUUAUUAUUGUUAAAUCCACAAAUCUUUCCGUCAUAAAUGUAUAUAUAUUCGUCUAUAACAUCACAAAAUAUAACAUUUUGCACUGUUUCCUCUUUUUCUUAGGGCCUGCAGGUUUUCAGUCUACCAAUAUUCCUUUACGUGAAGGAAUGUUCACUUCAAUUGGUAGGUAAUAGACCUAUCUAUCUAUCUUUCUAUCUCUAUCUGUCUGUCCAUCCGUCCAUCUAUUUAUCUGUCUGUCUGUCUGUCAACCUACCUACUUACCUAUGCAUCUGUCUGUCUGUCAACCUACCUACCUAUCGAUCUGUCUAUCUGCCUAUCUAUUAACCUACCUACCUAUCCAUCUAUCUGUCUGUCUGUCUAUUUAUCAACCUACCUAUCUACCUACCUAUAUCUCAUCUGCCACUAGAACUUAAAAAAAAGGAAAGAUACUCACCCACUGUGUAAUAUUUUUAUUAUUAAAAAAACACAGAAGGGGCCAUCAGUCUUAAAAAAUAUGGCAGAGUUCUUGUUUUUACAUACUAAUAAUUUGAUCAAGUUAUUUUGCUUGCAAAUCCAUAGAAUAGUGUAAAACAUUUUAAUCCUUCGGUUUCCCUGAACAGCAUUCUGUGCACCAAAUUUUUGUAUUAUACUUUUAUUCACUGUUUAAGUGGCCGUUAUCCAUCACACGUUUCAAAAAAAAUGUUACACUAUUUUGUAAAAUAAAAAAAUGUGACAGUGAAAGGGUUAAAAUUAAUUUUAACUUGGAGUCUGUUAUAAGGGCAACUUAAUCGUUCUUGGGCUUAUAGAAGCAACAUAAACCCAGUAACAUAAGUCUAAGUCACAGUAAUACGUAUGGUUAGCUAAACUUUUAUUGUGGUAAGCCAUUGUGGUCACACAACCCCAUGUCCAUUCCUGCUUUAGUUACAAAAGUUGCAUGAGUUUAUUUGCAGUGAAACUAAUGCUGUGUUUUACUUUGUAGAACCUGGUUAUUAUCAGGAAGGAGACUUCGGUAUUCGUAUAGAGGAUAUAGUCGUGGUGGUGGAAGCAAAAACAGAGGUACUUCUCCAUAUUUUUGGUAUAUUGAACUAUAUCAUAUGGAUACAUUGAUUAAAGGCAUUAUUAAAGUAUUAUUGAAUAAUAAAAAAACCUCUACAUGCUCACAAUGUUAAACAAAAAUCUGCACAGCAGUUAAGCCAUAAUACUUGCUUUUACUAUGGAAAUCACAAAUCUGCAGUGAUGUUACUACCGCAAGGGAUUCUGGGUGGGCAUAUGCAAAUUAGUUUAACAAAGAAUCACAUUUGUAGAAUAUAUAUGCGCUUGUAUCUCCUUCACAUUAGUUUUAAAAAAAAUGUAUCCCUUUUUCUGAAGUACAUUUAAACUGCCCCACAGGAAUCCGUAGUCUUCGAUGCUUUCCUAUGGGCUUCAGUAGCAUGUGACCAAGGUUUACUCAGUCUGUGCAACGGAUGAGCCUUUUGUGACUGUCAGUAUGACUGGUAGAUUUAACUGUAGAUAAGUUAAGUUACAUGUAUCUGAUUUCUAAAAAAAAAAAGGCAGGGCCACUGCACUCAGACCACUUCAUUAGGAUGAAUUGAUACAGGUGACUAUAGUGCUCCUGAUAUGCCCCAUUAAAUCUUUGUUUCCUUCUUUAUUUUUUUUGUUCCUUAACAAGUUCAGUGGACAUUCAAUUAAUGCAUUAUUUAAUGUAUUUAAAUAUUUUUUUUGUCUUUCUAAAUAGCAUACAUUUGAAAACCAAAAGUAUCUCACAUUUGAAACGGUAUCUUUAGUCCCUUAUGACAAAAAUCUGAUUGAUACUAAACUCAUGACGGAGAUUCAGGUAAGAUACGAGGAUACAUAUAUUUAUAUGUAUUUAUGUGUUUUGUGCGCGUAUAUGUGUGUAUAUAUGUAUGUAUGUAUGAUUUCCUUUGCAAAAAAGCGUACAUAGUAAUUGUGUAGUAUAUUAUAGUAUAAUAGUAUAUAGUAAUAGUGUAGUAUAUUACAGUAAAAUAGUAUAUAGUAACAGUGUAGUAUAUUAUAGUAUAAUAAUAUAUAGUAAUAGUGCAGUAUAUUAUAGUAUAAUAGUGUAGAGUAAUAGUGUAGCAUAUUAUAGUGUAUUAGUAUAUAGUAAUAGUGCAGUAUAUUAUAGUAUAAUAGUAUAUAGUAAUAAUGUAGUACAUUAUAGUAUAAUAGUAUAUAGUAAUAGGGUAGUAUAUUAUAGUAUAUAGUAAUAGUGCAGUACAUUAUAGUAUAAUAAUAUAUAGUAAUAGUGUAGUAUAUUAUAGUAGAAUAAUAUAUAGUAAUAGUGCAGUAUAUUAUAGUAUAAUAGUGUAGAGUAAUAGUGUAGCAUAUUAUAGUAUAUUAGUAUAUAGUAAUAGUGCAGUAUAUUAUAGUAUAAUAGUAUAUAGUAAUAGUGUAGUAUAUUAUAGUAGAAUAAUAUAUAGUAAUAGUGCAGUAUAUUAUAGUAUAAUAGUGUAGCAUAUUAUAGUAUAUUAGUAUAUAGUAAUAGUGCAGUAUAUUAUAGUAUAAUAGUAUAUGGUAAUAGUGCAGUAAAUUAUAGUAAAAAGUAUAUAAUAAUAGUGUAGUACAUUAUAGUAUAAUAGUAUAUAGUAAUAGUGUAGUAUAUUAUAGUAUAUAGUAAUAGUGCAGUACAUUAUAGUAUAAAAGUAUAUAGUAAUAGUGUAGUAUAUUAUAGUAUAAUAAUAUAUAGUAAUAGUGCAGUAUAUUACAGUAUAAUAGUAUAUAGUAAUAGUGUAGUAUAUUAUAGUAUAAUAAUAUAUAGUAAUAGUGCAGAAUAUUAUAGUAUAAUAGUGUAGCAUAUUAUAGUAUAUUAGUAUAUAGUAACAGUGCAGUAUCUUAUAGUAUAAUAGUAUAUGGUAAUAGUGCAGUAUAUUAUAGUAAAAUAGUAUAUAGUAAUAGUGUAGUACAUUAUAAUAUAAUAGUAUAUAGUAAUAGUGUAGUAUAUUAUAGUAUAUAGUAAUAGUGCAGUACAUUAUAGUAUAAUAGUAUAUAGUAAUAGUGUAGUAUAUUAUAGUAGAAUAAUAUAUAGUAAUAGUGCAGUAUAUUAUAGUAUAAUAGUGUAGAGUAAUAGUGUAAGAUAUUAUAGUAUAUUAGUAUAUAGUAAUAGUGCAGUAUAUUAUAGUAUAAUAGUGUAGAGUAAUAGUGUAGCAUAUUAUAGUAUAUAGUAGUAUAUAGUAAUAGUGCAGUAUAUUAUAGUAGAAUAGUAUAUAGUAAUAGUGUAGUAUAUUAUAGUAUAAUAGUGUAUAGUAAUAGUGUAGUAUAUUAUAGUAUAAUAGUAUAUAGUAAUAGUGUAGUAUAUUAUAGUAUAAUAAUAUAUAGUAAUAGUGCAGUAUAUUAUAGUAUACAGGGAGUGCAGAAUUAUUAGGCAAGUUGUAUUUUUGAGGAUUAAUUUUAUUAUUGAACAACAACCAUGUUCUAAAUGAACCCAAAAAACUCAUUAAUAUCAAAGCUGAAUAUUUUUGGAAGUAGUUUUUAGUUUGUUUUUAGUUUUAGCUAUGUUAGGGGGAUAUCUGUGUGUGCAGGUGACUAUUACUGUGCAUAAUUAUUAGGCAACUUAACAAAAAACAAAUAUAUACCCAUUUCAAUUAUUUAUUAUUACCAGUGAAACCAAUAUAACAUCUCAACAUUCACAAAUAUAAAUUUCUGACAUUCAAAAACAAAACAAAAACAAAUCAGUGACCAAUAUAGCCACCUUUCUUUGCAAGGACACUCAAAAGCCUGCCAUCCAUGGAUUCUGUCAGUGUUUUGAUCUGUUCACCAUCAACAUUGCGUGCAGCAGCAACCACAGCCUCCCAGACACUGUUCAGAGAGGUGUACUGUUUUCCCUCCUUGUAAAUCUCACAUUUGAUGAUGGACCACAGGUUCUCAAUGGGGUUCAGAUCAGGUGAACAAGGAGGCCAUGUCAUUAGAUUUUCUUCUUUUAUACCCUUUCUUGCCAGCCACGCUGUGGAGUACUUGGACGCGUGUGAUGGAGCAUUGUCCUGCAUGAAAAUCAUGUUUUUCUUGAAGGAUGCAGACUUCUUCCUGUACCACUGCUUGAAGAAGGUGUCUUCCAGGAACUGGCAGUAGGACUGGGAGUUGAGCUUGACUCCAUCCUCAACCCGAAAAGGCCCCACAAGCUCAUCUUUGAUGAUACCAGCCCAAACCAGUACUCCACCUCCACCUUGCUGGCGUCUGAGUCGGACUGGAGCUCUCUGCCCUUUACCAAUCCAGCCACGGGCCCAUCCAUCUGGCCCAUCAAGACUCACUCUCAUUUCAUCAGUCCAUAAAACCUUAGAAAAAUCAGUCUUGAGAUAUUUCUUGGCCCAGUCUUGACGUUUCAGCUUGUGUGUCUUGUUCAGUGGUGGUCGUCUUUCAGCCUUUCUUACCUUGGCCAUGUCUCUGAGUAUUGCACACCUUGUGCUUUUGGGCACUCCAGUGAUGUUGCAGCUCUGAAAUAUGGCCAAACUGGUGGCAAGUGGCAUCGUGGCAGCUGCACGCUUGACUUUUCUCAGUUCAUGGGCAGUUAUUUUGCGCCUUGGUUUUUCCACACGCUUCUUGCGACCCUGUUGACUAUUUUGAAUGAAACGCUUGAUUGUUCGAUGAUCACGCUUCAGAAGCUUUGCAAUUUUAAGAGUGCUGCAUCCCUCUGCAAGAUAUCUCACUAUUUUUGACUUUUCUGAGCCUGUCAAGUCCUUCUUUUGACCCAUUUUGCCAAAGGAAAGGAAGUUGCCUAAUAAUUAUGCACACCUGAUAUAGGGUGUUGAUGUCAUUAGACCACACCCCUUCUCAUUACAGAGAUGCACAUCACCUAAUAUGCUUAAUUGGUAGUAGGCUUUCGAGCCUAUACAGCUUGGAGUAAGACAAUGUCACGGUUCUCACCUGAUAGACAGACGGCAAGACGUGGUCGCUCUUGGAGUUCCCAACAGGGGACUUGAACCGGGGAUCUUCUCAGUCCUGGUCCUGCUUUCUACCUCUGAGCCACAGCAGCUAUUUACAGUGAAGACUGAUUCCAGUCCUGUUCAUCCUGACAUGGCUACUACUCUGGGGGCUGCACCUUGACUUGGCUGUGUUUCACCUGACUCUGAUCAGUCAUCAGCAGGGUAUAUAAACCCAGCCUCGCCCUGUGCUCAGUGUCAAGUCCUUGAUCCUGUUUGUUCCAGUGUUCCUGUUUCAUCGCUUCGCAUUAUUGACCCCGGCUUCCUGACUCGUUUAUUCUGACUUCUGGCAUCCCUUGACUUCGGCUACUCCUCGUUGUUCCUGUCCUCUGGCAUCCUUUGACCUCGGCUAUCCCUCGACCAUCCUGCUGGUUCAGUCCUUGCCUGUCCUGCGUAUUGGUACUGCAUCCUGCACAGCCCCCGUGCACAGACCCACAGGCCAGGUGAAUUCUUACCUGACCACCUCGGCCUGUGGCUAUCUGCAAGGGUGAGCAUCAUAUCUGCGCUACAGACUCCCAACUCAGGUAAGACCCUGACAUAAGGACUUGACCAUUAUGGAGUCCGCAGAGAUGUGCUCACCCUCGACCCAGCGUGUGUCCAGCCUGGCCCAGACUGUUUCGGAGCUGCAGCAAGAAAUUUUAUUCCUUAAAGGCGCAGUACAUCCAGCCCCGGAACCAGCUUUUCCUGAACUGUUUGUCAUCAUGCCCGACCGAUUUGAUGGUAGCCGCACAUCCUUUCAGUCUUUCAAGAUGGAUUGUGAGGUGUUGUUUUCCUUAAAGCCUCGAACAUAUGCCACAGAAUUCAUCAGGGUCAGAGCGGCUAUCAACCUGUUGUCUGGACGCAUCAAAGUUUGGGCUCACCAAAUGUUGCAGACGAAGAGUCCUGUCCUGGUCAGCUGGGAAUCCUUUAGUACUGCUAUGGACUCACAAUGUAAGACCACUGUGGCCAAGUCAGCUCCACGUACUAAAAAAUCUCAGACUCUUCCUAACCAAGAAACCGAGUACCACCACUACGCCCCAGAAAUGCCUCCUUAUGUUCCAGCUCCCAGGAAAACUCCAGAGGUAUCCGGUGUUCCACUUGACCCUGUGGAACCUAUGCAAUUAGGACUCGUCCACUGCAAAGUGACACCUAAGGAAAAAGACCGAAGGAGAAGCUAUGGCCUAUGUUAUUACUGUGGAGAAAAAGGGCACUUCAUCACGCUUUGUCCUGUUCGCCCUCCUAGACCUCCAGCUCUCCGACUUGGUACUAGUUUCCUUCGCCCUGUGUACACCGCAUACCAGCCUAAAAAGCCAAAUAGAAGCCGUUGUGCUUGCACAUGCUUGGCUUCCGCGAGAAAACCUCCAUCCCCUGCUCCAGAGCCUCCUGCAUCUACUCCCGAAGUUGCUUCCUGUGAUACCACCACUACUUCCUGCCCGCCCGAAGAGGUUUUACCUGUGGAUUGUGCCGUUGCUUCUAAUGGCACUAUAGUCCGUAAAGAAGACCUUGAAAUGUUCGAAAAAGCAUUGUUAGCUGCGAACACUGCUCCUGCCAAAGUUUUGGAAGUGCUUGCCACCUGUACCCGGAACCUAAAAGACCUGGACAAUUCUCCAGCCGUACCAGAAGCUGGUACUGCGGACUCCCAAGCUGUAAAGGGAAUCCUUGCUGGGGAGUUUGACUAUGGGGACUCACUGGAUUCAGAUAGUGACCCUGGAGAGGUGUACUAUGCUGACAAUGAACCCAUUCACGCCCGGAGGUCGUUUUUAAAGGGGGGGGGUACUGUCACGGUUCUCACCUGAUAGACAGACGGCAAGACGUGGUCGCUCUUGGAGUUCCCAACAGGGGACUUGAACCGGGGAUCUUCUCAGUCCUGGUCCUGCUUUCUACCUCUGAGCCACAGCAGCUAUUUACAGUGAAGACUGAUUCCAGUCCUGUUCAUCCUGACAUGGCUACUACUCUGGGGGCUGCACCUUGACUUGGUUGUGUUUCACCUGACUCUGAUCAGUCAUCAGCAGGGUAUAUAAACCCAGCCUCGCCCUGUGCUCAGUGUCAAGUCUUUGAUCCUGUUUGUUCCAGUGUUCCUGUUUCAUCGCUUCGCAUUAUUGACCCCGGCUUCCUGACUCGUUUAUUCUGACUUCUGGCAUCCCUUGACUUCGGCUACUCCUCGUUGUUCCUGUCCUCUGGCAUCCUUUGACCUCGGCUAUCCCUCGACCAUCCUGCUGGUUCAGUCCUUGCCUGUCCUGCGUAUUGGUACUGCAUCCUGCACAGCCCCCGUGCACAGACCCACAGGCCAGGUGAAUUCUUACCUGACCACCUCGGCCUGUGGCUAUCUGCAAGGGUGAGCAUCAUAUCUGCGCUACAGACUCCCAACUCAGGUAAGACCCUGACAGACAACAUGCAUAAAGAGGAUGAUGUGGUCAAAAUACUCAUUUGCCUAAUAAUUCUGCACUCCCUGUAAUAGUAUAUAGUAAUAGUGUAGUAUAUUAUAGUAUAAUAAUAUAUAGUAAUAGUGCAGUAUAUUAUAGUAUAAUAGUGUAGCAUAUUAUAGUAUAUUAGUAUAUAGUAACAGUGCAGUAUCUUAUAGUAUAAUAGUAUAUGGUAAUAGUGCAGUAUAUUAUAGUAAAAUAGUAUAUAGUAAUAGUGUAGUACAUUAUAGUAUAAUAGUAUAUAGUAAUAGUGUAGUAUAUUAUAGUAUAUAGUAAUAGUGCAGUACAUUAUACUAUAAUAGUAUAUAGUAAUAGUGUAGUAUAUUAUAGUAUAAUAAUAUAUAGUAAUAGUGCAGUAUAUUAUAGUAUAAUAGUGUAGAGUAAUAGUGUAGCAUAUUAUAGUAUAUAGUAGUAUAUAGUAAUAGUGCAGUAUAUUAUAGUAGAAUAGUAUAUAGUAAUAGUGUGGUAUAUUAUAGUAUAAUAGUGUAUAGUAAUAGUGUAGUAUAUUAUAGUAUAAUAGUAUAUAGUAAUAGUGUAGUAUAUUAUAGUAUAAUAAUAUAUAGUAAUAGAGUAGUAUAUUAUAGUAUAAUAAUAUAUAGUAAUAGUGUAGUAUAUUAUAGUAUAGUAUUUAGUAAUACUGUAGUAUAUUAUAGUAUAAUAAUAUAUAGUAAUAGUGUAGUAUAUUAUAGUAUAAUAAUAUAUAGUAAUAGUGUAGUAUAUUAUAGUAUAGUAUAUAGUAAUAGUGUAGUAUAUUAUAGUAUAAUAGUAUAUAGUAAUAGUGUAGAAUAUUAUAGUAUAAUAGUGUAUAGUAAUAGCGUAGUACAUUAUAGUAUAAUAGUAUGUAGUAAUAGUGUAGUACAUUAUAGUAUAUUAGUGUAUAGUAAUAGCGUAGUAUAUUAGAGUAUAUUAAGCAAAAAUAAAUCAACCUUUUGACUCUGCUGGGUCUUUGUCAAGAUGCCAUACAAUGUGAGUAAAACAUAUUUAUAAGCACAUGAAUUAAGGUGAGCGAUGUACUUACCAAUCACAUGUGAAACAAGCCAGCCCCAAAGUUAGAUUCACAGAUCGGUGAUCUCAGACCUGUGCAUGUCGGUGAUGACCUCUAACUUAGAGCACCGAGACGUCUCCAGAGCAAGCCCGUCUUAUUGCCAUAGUGAUGCUGUUAAAGAGUGAACAUGCAUGUUCAAAGAAGCACAGAUGGGCAUAAAACCAAAACAAGGACUAUAUACACAACUAAAAACAAAUGUGAAUAGUGACCAUAAAACCUAAGUAAGAGCUAACAAAGAAAGGAACAGAAAUCCAACAGGUGCUCUCUUUUUCAGUCAUUUAUAUUAGCGCUGAGCAGCACCCUGGCUUUGAAUGUCUAUUUAUUGGGCAGACUGGUCCUUUCGCCAGACUGAUCCUUUAUAUAUAUAUAUAUAUAAAAUGUAUUUAAUAUUUUCAAUUAAAAGUGUGAAAAGCCUAAUUUUAAAAACUCAUGUAAUAUAAACGAUACAACGUUGAAGUGUGUAUUAAUGCCAAUACUGCAUUCUGGAGAAAUUAACAGCCGGACUUCGAAAUAUUUAUUGAAAAAUAGUCUUUGUUAGUGACUAAAAUAUGUAACAUACAAUAAAGAAUCAGGAUCGUGUCAUACUGCAACCAUUAGCAGAUAAGUGGCAAUUUUAGACUUUGCAUUAAUUACCUUAUUAUUUUUUCAAUGUGAAAAUACACCAUUAUCAUUUAAUAACUGGCCAUUCACCUAAAUUAAACUUUGGUAACCGAAAUUAACUUCUUCCAUUGACAUCUAUAGGACAAUUGCCUUUCAUAGCGAUAUGCUCAGCUAUAAUAAUGUAAUCUAUCAAUUAGCACUUUGUGUAUAUUAUUGUAACCAAUGCCAUCACCAUCAACAGCUGUCAGUGAAUAAGUGGCUUGAACUAAGCCCAGGUUACUGCAAAUCAAUGAUUCCUAUUAAAGUUGUAAUGUUGAUAACCAGAUAGAGAGUUGGUGAAUGCUGACGGGAUUGGGUCCUAAAAUUGAAAAGGAAAUUGGCAACUCAGUAGAAGUUACAUUUUUAUUACAUGAUGGACAUCCUAUAAUUACUAUAUCCUCCUGUGAACCAAGGAAAAAAAUGUCUUCCAAAUUCUUUUCAUUUUUGAUAAAAAUGAAAGAGGACGUUCACACCAUCCCAGCCUAUCACAUGGCAUAUCACUGGAAAGCCCAGGAUGUCCUCUUUACAAUACAUAGAGUAGCUCAAAAGAAUAAAAAAAGAUUCAGGUGAACGAAAUGUCCAGUACAAAGGGCACAAGUUAAUGGGCUGGGUCUCAGGAGGAUAAGGGGCUGCCUUUUCUUUAAUAUAAUUGGGUUUUCGGUUUUUCUGCAUUUUUAUUUGAUUCCAAGUUUCCUGCUUGAAUAGAUCACCAGCAGUGGGGAAGAUACUUUGUGUUGGCAGAGUGAUAACUGAUUUCUUUAGUCCCUGAGUUGAGUGGCUACUAGAGGUGUAAAUCUUGGAGUCCAAACAUCGUGUGAAUGAUGGCUCCUAAUAAUUUAAUUUUAGAUUAUAACAAAAUCCUGUAUGUUUUUAUUUGUUUGCUGCCUCUUUCCAAUCAGAUAAACCACGUGAAUAACCACUACAAGAAAAUCAGAGACAUCCUUGGAAAGGAAUUAAAAAAACAAAAUCUUAAUGAAGAAUACACAUGGUUGGAAAAGAACACAGAGCCUCUGUCACAUGGACAAUUCGUUACCGCCUCUUUGACUUUGCUCAUUGUUACCUUCGCAUCAUGCAUGUUCUUUCAGAAUGAGUCAAUUUAAUGAUAAUGGCACAAGUAAUAAUUACAGUAACCCAAAUUAGCUAUGAUGAAUAUUCUGAUGUACUAUAAAUAAAACAUCCACCCCUCUCCUGUUUAACUGUACCUACUAUUAUUGUGUAUAUUUUGGGGGUUUGUAUUUGUUUUACUUAUAACAUACUUAAUUCUAACGCUUUAAGUGCCAGUAUGGUAAGAAAAGAGAUCUUGGAUUCACUCUGCAUGAAGGUUGAUCAAUAAUUCUUGCACUCGGUUGUGCAUGAAGAGUUAACACAGUUCCCUGAUUGUGAAUCCUAAGCCAAACAAUGUACUUACAUAUUUUUGCAAUAUUAGUGCAUCACUCACUGUGCAAAUUAAUCACAAACAUGCUUCCUCACAAAAUAGUGAAUUCUAGGGAACUGUAAUGCAAAUCAUAGAAACGUGCAACAAAUGUAGAAUUUAUAUUAUUCCUAAACCAGUGGACGAUAAGUAUUGAUGUCAUUUAGAGGCUGGAUAAAUAAUGACAUAGGUAUAUGUCACUAGUCAAACGUGACUUUAUAUUCAGUUUUUUUUCCUAUUGAUAUUAAAAUAUACUAAUACAUGCUUUGCGUAAGUGUUACUCCAAACAAAAACAGAUUUUUAGUAAAAUACUGUCAUACUAGCCUUCAUGGUUGUGCCCCAGAAGAAAUGUAAAUUAUGAAAUAGAGGAAAACUUACCUUUAAUCCAGCUCCAUGGUAAGUUCACCCUGCUGCCUAAUUGCUUUCCACUGACAUCAUCAAACUUGAGAAAGACCUCAUCUGAUGUCGAAACGUUGCUGUUCAUGUUCUGACUUUCCAAUAAAUUAGCUACUUUGUAUCUUGAUUGCCUGGAUCAUAUUGUUUUUCCUACUUAUUUAUUGGGUUGCCAGCCUCAUGUCUGCUUCUACAACUAGAAUUACUAAAUAGGAAGAGUGCGAACUCGUUAUUACUUUGGAACAAAUCACUGAAGUGGUCAUGGUGCUUGGGGUAAUCAUUUUAUUAAUUUAAAAGUGGUUGCAAAAUAUUUACAUAAAAUAUGCCUAAUAAUUAUUGAGUAACAAAGGAAAAGAACAUGACUGAAAUGUAUUUAGGCCCCGAAGCCUUUAAAUUUAGCCUUACACUAUCUCCUAGGUAAAGAUGAAACAGAAACUACACAUAUCUGGUAUUCACAAACCAUCUCAGUGUACUUUGGUAUAAUCUUUUCACUGUCAAUUUGUCUUAACAAUAAAUUUCUCCAAACACUGAAAAUAGAUAAAAUCACUUCUCUUUUUCCCAGCUGCAGGAGAGAACAACUGCUAUUUGCUCUUGUCAUACACAGCCCACAAUAACUGUUCUUAUGUUCCCAGGCUGCCUAAACAUGUUAUUGCAUUUCAAAGUUUUUCAGUAGUAAUAUAUACAAAAAGAUGCACUCAUUAGUUAAUAGGUCAAAUCUCUUUAUUAUACAAACAAAAUAUGAAUUCAAAUAAAUCCAAAAUUAACAAUAUUACAAUACUAAAAAAAAACCAGUGAUAUAGGCUAUAUAACAUGCACUUAAAUCCCAAAGGCACAGGGGGGCAGAGCUUGUGCCUGAACCAGAGCAGACACCAUCUAAAACGGCUCUGCUGGAAAUCGCUUCAAAAAGCUUGAUUUUGGAAACUAACCCACUCACCUGCACGGGUAACCGCCGGAAUGCAAACAGACCAGCCCCCAGUAACAACAUAUGCUGUUUUUCCAUGAUCCCAAAGCACCAUGGAAGAAAUGCAGGUCUGGGGCCUACCACGUAAACCGGGAGCUUGACAUGGCUGCACUACUCAGUGGUUUCCCAUUGCCCAGAGUAUCUGAUGAGUGACUCAGACCCCAGACAGAGCCUGUCUCCACAAUGGGAUGGCAGUCCCAGAAGCCGCUACCUGACAUGAGACAAGGGCAUGAGACAUUUAGGCUCUGUUCCAGCGGCUGCCUAGGUCUAAAAUGGUGCCACCUGGGAGCAGCGUGGCCAUUGAGGCUCCAUUGGGCCCUUGACAGGCCAAAACACCCAUGUGGCCCGAGCAGCCGAACACGGAGCAAACCACACUAUCUGUCCCAGAUGGGUUGGCUCCCAUUAUUGAAAAAGAUUUUCAAAACCUAGUGGUGGAAAUUAAAUACCUAUUGGCAACUGAUGUAGCUAUAAUAAAUGCCAACAUGCACCGGAGACCCUCGUAAUGGUGAUCAAGUGAAGAAGUUUCUAAACUGGUCUUCAGAUGCCUCAAAUAGUUCAAUUUGUAUUAAUUUUGUCACUCGAACAGAUUUGUUAAUUCCAAAAACGAAAAUUAUGGAAAUGUUAGCAGGAUUGGAUCGAGAGCUGUAAGAAGUAAUUUCUCUCAUUCUCUGCCCAACGACUGCAACUAAUAAGGGCACAAGGAUAAUGUGAUAUUAAAAGACCAUGUCCCCUUGGAAUCGUGUCAAACAACAGAUAAUCUGGUAUAGAAAAAGGCGAAGUAGGAAAAAGAAAACAUUUGUAACAGACACCAUUUUUAUAUGAAAUUUUAUGAUGCAGUUUGGGAGACAUGUCUGUUGUUAGCACACUGACAUAAAUUGAUUUUACCUGUUAUGACAUUCUAAAUUUUACAAUUAUUACUGUGCCACAAUAAUGAACUAAUAGUGCUUUCAACAUUUUACAUAUUCUACAUUAAUAAUGAUUAAUACCAAAAACAAAAUGUAAUAAACUGCUACUUAUGCGGCAAGACCUCAUGGUUCUUCCAUGCCAUAUACUGGACAAAGAAAUUAAACAAAAAAUAUAUGAAUAACCUUAUGUUCACAACCCCAAUGAGUGCUCUAAUGCCAUAUCUAGAACAGGAGUAGGCAACCCUCAACACUCCAAAUGUUGUGAACUGCAUCUCCCAUAAUGCACUUGUAGCCAUAAUGCUGGCAAAGUAUCAUGGGAGAUUUAGUCUACAACAUCUGGAGUAUCAAAGGUAGCCUACAUCUGAUCUAGAACAUCAGCAUACAGUGCUUAUUUGUAUGUUUUUUGUUUAUUAAAGUUACUUUGCCAUGCAGAGUGCCCCACAAAAAAUGAAUUAAGAUAUUGCUAUCCUUCAAUGCUAUUGCUAUCACCCUGUUUAAAAUACACUUCAACCAAUGCCCAUCUCUUAUGUUUUUGAGCCGGGAGCUGUAAUAUUAAAAUCCAAAGCUGUGUUGCCCAAAUUGUCCUAGUUAGCUUAAUAUAACAAUAUUAAUUUCUAUAACUUAAUUAAAACAGAAACUAUUUUUUUAAUGUUAUGUUUAGUUCAUGCACUGUACAUUACAGUUUUUUACCACAAAAAAAAACAAAACUCUACAGUACUUGUUUCAAGAUAGAACUAUUUAUAAUACAUUUAUGUAGGAUUUUUUUUGUCUUGUCAAGACAAUAUUUCAUCAAGAAGACUGACCCUUAAAAAGUCAUACAGGUAUGUUUUCAAUUUAUAAUUCAGAAAAGCAAAGUAGAUUGCACUCAGAGUAAUAAAUAAACAAAAGGUUAAUGUCCCACUGUGUGAAAAGACAUUUCCUGGCCUAGCAAGGAAGGCUGGAGUAAAAUGUAAAAAGCCAGUUGCUUAGCAACAUUUCACAACAGGUGAUAGUGAAAAGCAAUAUUGUUUCAGAGACUGUUUCAGAGUGAUUGAUAAAGUUGUUUAAACAGAAUACAAAUGAUUAUGGUAUCAGCUUAUUGAGAAUGGGCACAGCCUUAAUAUUAUCCAGGAUAUGUAGUUCAUUGUAUAUCUGAAAAACAAGAACUAUUUCAGGGGUAUUGCAAAUUAUAUGGCAAUACGGUCAAAUUGUUUACUACUACCUGUGGGGAAUGAUGGCUACGCAAGCUCAGAGGUUUUGUGCUUCAAUGAUAACUUGAAUAGCAUUGUGAAGAAAAUCCAAUUACCUUCUUGUUAUUGUUAUAGAUCAUCUGUUUGGAUCAAUGCUAGCAAGUUUGUCUUUGUUUAUGCACUUUGCACCAAGGGAGCUAUAAAAAAAUAUUUUAAAGUAUUAUUAAUGUAACAAUUGCUAGUUAUAGGAAUUCUUAUGAGUUCUCUCACGGUCAUACCUAUAAUUGAAAGCAGAACUGUUAAGGCGGUUGGAGAAGGACCGGCAGAGUGGACAUGUGCUGAUCCAGCUCCUAAGCUCAGCACAACUUCUGAACAAAUAAAUUCAGUCAGUCUGCAGAUCUUGCCACAAAAAAACACUUACCUUCAAGGUGGCACAUUGGUGCCUCAGAAGAUACCAUAUUUGGUGCAGGCUUCAAGCGGGGCGGGCAUGGGAGAGAAGACUGCUCUCCUGACGACUUAUCUGGCUGGAGAUAUAUAGCUAUAUGAAGAGUGAUGAGGCAGGCAUACUGAUAAUGUGCUCUGUGGCCCCAUGUGAUCUUAAUCCUUCUCUGCUCAUACCACAAGUGUCCCUGAGACAUGUAUCACAAAUAUUUCUGGGACAAAUAUCCUUGUCCUUGUAUAAGAUACAUUUUCUUUGUCUUGUCCAUCUUUUAAAAUGCUAUCACUAGCUUUCUCUGCAUAGAUAACUGUCUCUCUCCAGUUUAUAUUAAAAGUUGGGCUUAGGGUCUACUAAUAAAUAUAUUUUACAUUAUGAAUCUAGAGACAAGAACCACAUAGAUUAUUUUUUUUUAAUUAUUUUAGGGAUCUUUUAUAGUGCUUUUGUUUAGAGUGCUUUACAAAUUAAGUCAAAAAGACAUAGUUGGUUUUCAAGGCCAGUGGUAGACCCUCAAAACAAAAAUCUCCAACUUUGUGUGUCUAUUUCUCCACCUAGCCAUUUUGUGUAUCUAAUUCUCCUCAAUUCUUUUGUGUAUCUUUUUUCCCCUUCCCCAACCUCUAUGUGUGUGUGUUCCCCCACCCAAGUACAUUUGUAGAUCUCUUUUUCACCCAGCACAUCUGUGUGUCUCUCCCCUAGACCCUUAGUGUGUAUCUUUCUCCCCAGUCCCGUUUUAAGUAUCUGUGCUCAGUGUCAGUUUCAAUCUAAAUUAGCAGAGUUGUGUUUAGAGAUGGACCAAUGGAAUUUAAGGUGUCUUUAAUAGGAAGCAUGGAAUAGUGGGGAAUAUGGUCAGAUACCUUGAAUUCAAUAUUUUUUUUCAUCCCACGAGUGUUGGGUUGGAUAAGGAAUGUUUAAUUAGAUUAGUGAGGGUAGUUUGGUGAGAGCUAAUUUUGGCCAACAUUGAGUAGAGGGGAGAAUGAACAGCAAUGUUCAAAAGCAUUAGAUGGAUCAAGUAGGAGAGAAUGGACAUACAAAGUCUGAACAUAGAUGAACAUGCAUUAGUUUGUACAGAUCAUUUGGCAUGGGACAGCAAUUGCCACACAUACACCCCACAUGCACCCUAUUUUUCUAUAACCCUUUGUUCUCAAUGCUUCUCUUUGAGAAGCAUUGGAUUGGAUAAAAGCCUUCUUAAUGGAUGACUUCAUCAGAGGUGGAGUGGCUUCAGAGAUGAGACUGCCCAGGUAUUGCAUUACAGGUAAGAGUUAUAGAGUUUUAUACUUUUUUUAAAGGAAGGUUGGAACCUGUAAUAUAGAACAAUCUAACAUGUAUUUAUUUUUAAUUUUAGAAUAUGCAAAUAUUGUCUUAUCACAUCCCCUCGCCACAGACACUAAAGAUUAAAAAUAAACAUACUAAAAUGAAAGAAAUUAUGGAAGCAUUUUUAUUAUACUGAAAGUUCAUUUCCUAAAACCUUACCAGAAGUUUGCAGUGGUUCUUUCUUUUGUUUUGUAUUUGGCAAGCUACCUAAGGUAGUAGUAUUGAAAUGAGUCAUAUUGUAUCUGCAUUGUCUUCUCUGAACAUCUAAUUAAUUUUUUGGAAAUUCUGACUAAAGACAAAUUUGAAUAAUCGUCAUAGCCGACGUUCACUGAAAAUAAUUAUUUUCAUGCCAAAGAUGUGAUCGAUAUAUUCACUCGAAGGGUUAACAUCAUACAUAUAGAACAUCAAGCUAUGGAAAAAGUAUAACUUUCCUUUCAAAGACGCACUUUUAUCCCCACCCCCACUCUCUCAAAAAUAAAAAUAAAAAUUCCCUUGCUUUGAAACUGUAUACAUGUAUGUGGAUAAUUUUACUACAAUCUGCAUGAUUGCCCUGUGGUCACAUGGCACUAGAGGAUGUGCAUCUGAUAACAAAAUCCCCAAUCAUGAGGUGUGAAAUCUGAUUAUAAUGAAAUUUAGAUUAAACCAUAUUACUAAGAGGAUGCUCCCCCUCCCCCUAUACAUUCUGUUAUUUCACUACGUUAUGUGCAAUAUAAACCACAUAAUUGUAGAUUACAUAGUGAAAGAAAAUCUGUAUCAGGAAAAAAAUAUACAGCUGCAGCUGGUUUCAGGAACAUUUUUUUAUUACAGUAUAUCAUACUUCAUGGUCCUGAAGGUUUCUGAUGAAGUGACACUUUCCUUCAAAAAAAUUCAAAAAAAGAAAACUUAAGAAACAGGAAUGAACAAGAAGACAAUUCUGUUGAAAGGGUCAGCAAAUGUCUGAAUGCUUUUUGCACACCCUCUUACCAAUAUCUAAGCUGCACUUACUGUAUGUUCCAAUACUGUAUCAUAUUAAUAAAUAUUAAUACAGAUAAACAUUUUUAGUCCUAGGCUACUGGACAGUCAUUAAAAGUUACGUGUCACUGGCAUCCUAGAGGAUCCAUAGCACGUUUACCAUGAGUGAAUUUCUUUAUUUAUAGUAUAGUAAUAAUGCAGUGUAAUAGAUAGAUAGACAGAUAAUGGAUAGAUAGAUAGAUAGAUAGAUUACAUCAAUUGAAGUAUACAUUCCUUGAUGCAGAGAAAUAUUGAAUAGAUAGAAGAAGCACAUAGAAGUCCACUGAAUUUGUAUUUUGUAUAUCAUACCUUAUAUCUACAUCAACGGUUUUUUGAUCUUAUAGCAACCAAGACUAUAUAGUAACAUAAAUGGCCAAUCAGUCCUUCAUUUAAUAGGCUUUUCAAAUUAUUAAAUACUGUUAGAAAAGUUUCCAAAUUAUUUGCCUACAAAAAUUCCAAUAGACGGUAAAUGUGACUUCAGUACAUAAAUCAUUUGGACUGUUUUCUAACAAUAUUGAAUCAUUCAGGACAGGGGUCCUCAAACUCCGGCCCCCCAGAUGUUGCUGAACUACAUCUCCCAUGAUUCUCUGGCUAUCUAUGUAAUUCAAAGAAUCAUUGGAGUUGUAGUUGAGCAACAUCUGGGGGGCCAGAGUUUGAGAACCCCUGAUUCAGGAGGUUUAUUAAAUCUAGGCCUUAACCACCAAAACAAGAAAGAAAAAUAAUGCAAAUGUUCAUCAGAGCAUUAUUAAUACCACCUUUAUUUCUGAUAAGAUAAUUGUUUGUGUCCUCCUCAAGUUAUUUGUAUUUGAAUAUUGGUAUCACUUUAGGUUGUCAGAGAAACUGCUAUGCUUACAUUGCAGGGUUAAUCCAGCUUCUAGUGGCUGUCUUCCUGACAGCCGCUAGAGGCGCUUCCACGACGCUCAAUGAGAAAAUUGCAUUGAGUAUGCAGAACAUCCAUAGGAAAGCAUCGAGGCCGGCCCGGCGCUGGAUAAAGGUAAGUGGCGGAUUGGGGUUUUAAUCCCUUCAGCCCAGCGGGAGGGGGGCCCUGUGGGUGGGGGGACCCUAAGGAUUAUAUAGUGUCAGCUAAAUGAGUUUGUUUUCCUGGCACUAUAGUGAUCCUUUAAAGGACCACUAUAGUGCCAGGAAAACAUACUCGUUUUCCUGGCACUAUAGUGCCCUGAGGGUGCCCCCACCCUCAGGGUCCCACUCCCGCCGGGCUGGAUGGCAAGGAAAGGGGUUAAACUUACCUUUUUUCCAGCGCCGGACGGGGAGCUCUCCUCCUCCUCUCCGUCUCUGAUCCUCCUCUUCGGCUGAAUGCGCAUGCGCCGCAGGAGCUGCAUGCGCAUUCAGCCAGUCUCAUAGGAAAGCAUUCAUAAUGCUUUCCUAUGGACGUUGGCGUCUUCUCACUGUGAUUUUCACAGAGAAGCACGCAAACGCCUCUAGCGGCUGUCAAUGAGACAGCCACUAGAGGCUGAAUUAACCCAUUUAUAAACAUAGCAGUUUCUCUGAAACUGCUAUGUUUAUUAAAAAAAGGGUUAAUCCUAGAGGGACCUGGCACCCAGACCACUUCAUUAAGCUGAAGUGGUCUGGGUGCCUAGAGUGGUCCUUUAAGGCAAUGGAAGCUAAUUAACAUUCUGAUAUUGGUAUUAACUGCUGUCGGGACCCAGGAAAGAAGCCUGACAGAUAAAGUAACCCAACAUUUACAUGUAAUUAGCUUGCUUGAAUACAUGACAUAUAUGAAGAAGAACUAAAGGCUAUAAAAAGAAGGAGGGUGUUAGUUCUUAAACUACAGGUCAGGACCCAAAAACUAAAACAUAUAUUUUAAUAUAAUAUAUAAUAUUACAGCUGAAGAAAGGUUUUUUUUAAUGGAAAAUGACAUUUAUAAUUCAAAGAUUCACAGUAUUAGGAAAAUAAUUAUAUUAUUAAACAAUUUGGAUAUGCUUAUAGUCCAAACAGGAUAAUCAAAAAGCAGAUAGAUAUUGUAACAAAGAACAACAUUUUGUUUUAAUAAAGAAUUUCUUAAUAAGUUGAUUGUGCAAAAUAUUGUUUUGUUUGUUUUUUGUUCUUUUGCUGGCAAUAACUUUAAAAAGCAGAAGACAAAAAAAUAUGGAACUAAAAGAUUAUCUUUAGCGCUGCAUGUAGGUUAUAAUACAUCUGGCCAGGAAGCUGGUAUUCACACCCCUGCACAAAAUUAAAAAAAAAAAAAAUGUUUUCCUGUUAAUGGUAAAGAAAGGAAACUUUCUGAUGUAUCAGUGUUUUUAAAAAUCUGUUUCAACCUAUAGGAGACAUUUGUUAGAUACAUUUUCUAUAAAAUAUAUUUAAUCAAUGCUUUGCAACUUUUAUUGGCUGGUAUGAAACUUGCAUAUUCUCAUAUACUUCCAUUAGAGAACAAACAAUUAAAUUUAUUAUUAUUAACCUUCCUUUCUUCAGACUAACUUUCUGAAUUUACUUGACUAAAUUGUAUGAUAAAGCUGGCAUUUAACCCCUUGGUGACCAGGCCAUUUUUCAGUUUUAUUACCGUUAAGGACCAGGGCUCUUUUUACAUUUCUGCGGUCCUUGUGUUUAGAUGUAAUUUGCCUCUUACACAUUUACUGUACCCAUACAUAUUAUAUACCAUUUUUCUUGCUAUUCAAUGUUCAUUCUAAAGAUACCAUUAUUUUCAUCAUAUCAUAUAAUUUACUAGAAAAAAAAAAGUAAAAUAUGAUGAAAAAUGGAAAAAUAAAACACAGCUGGCCAUCAUGCACCCAUGUCCCAGUUGGAACAUUUCUGAAGCCGGCCAAUGUAAUUCACCCCCCAUCAAACCGUAUGUUUUUGAAAAGUACACACCCUAGGGCAUUUCACAUGGUGGCAUUUCAACACUUUACAUGCAUUAAUUCUACCACCAGUCUCUGUCAAAUGUUUUUGUGGUGUUAUUUUUCACUCACACAUUCUACUUUGGGCAUAUAUUCUCAUCUCCUGUUAGGUGUUACUGCCAAAGGACACCCCAAUAUGUGCUCGGCAACAUCUCCCGAGUACAGCGAUACCACCCAUGCAUACGUGUGUCGGGUUCACUGGGGGGUGCAAAGCAAAAUGUCUGAUAUGCGUUUUUCUAAUUUUACGUAUCUUGUUUGCCUAUCUUCCUUUUGGGGGCCUUAUCAGAUAUCCCAAUGUAUUUUCUUGCCAUGAGCGUGCAUAUAAUUGAAAAGUUGACACCCCGCAGUAUUGUAUAUGGAGUGUUUUGAUGCCUUAGAUGCAAUCAUUUUAGUCAAAAAAAGUUGAAGAACGUGUGUGGAGGUAACUGUUCAAUCCUCAUUUUUACCCAAGCACAGUGCUUUUUGACUGUGAUUUAGGAGAGCCCGUUGUUGGUUAUUGCAAGAAAACACCCCAGGUUGUUUUCUGCAAGGCCUCCUUAGGACACCCAUGCCCUCCAUGCAUAGGUUUGCCAGGAUUUUGGGAAGGUACGGUUACAAUUGUAUGACUUGCAAUUUGAGUUGAAAUUGAGAGUAUUUCUUCUGAUAGGCCUAUCUUUAGCUUGAGGCUUAUCACAUACCCCAGUUUUAUAUAUCGCCAUGAAAGGGUACAUACUUGAAACAUAGACACCCCGAGGUGUAGAGUGCUUUGAUGCAACUUUUUUUAGCCAGACAAAAAAUAAAAAAGUUGAAGAACGUGUGUGGAGGUAACUGUUCAAUCCUCAUUUUUACCCAAGCACAGUGCUUUUUGACUGUGAUUUAGGAGAGCCCGUUGUUGGUUAUUGCUAGAAAACACCCCAGGUUGUUUUCUGCAAGGCCUCCUAAGGACACCCAUACAUGGGGUAAAUGUAACAAAACCAAAAAAAAAACACCAACAAAAACUGAACGGCAAAUAAAUAAAAAAUGGACCAGCGUGUGGUAUCGUUUGAAGCAGUGUCCAGGCUGUCCAGGGCAAUCAGGACAGUGAUAUACACUAUCUUUUCUCUGCCCUCUCUUAGAACAGACCCUGCAUCUUUUUUGGGGAUUCUGCUUUGCCGCAAUAGGGGGAAUUUUAAAAAUAAAAUGUAUAGCCCCAACUCUGCUCUCUCCCAUCACCGCCCGGGGAGCAGGUGCAUCAUGGUACAAAAUCCUCAAAAUGAUCUGGAGCUGAAACUGUAAAAAUCUCAGUUGCGUCCUGGGGUUUGCUAUUUUGAAAAACAAUAAAGUGUUGUGGGUUGCAAUCUGCAUUAGGUAGAUUGCAACCUUUUUGUACCAGGCCCUUGUCUUUCAUAUAAUUAGGUAGGGCUGCAGCAGCUGAGCUGCCAGAUCAACCCCACCCAUAUGCCAGUUAUAGGCCUUGAUGCACACUGGCUUCCUUGUUCUCUCAGCUCUGCCGCGUACAGGGACCUCCACAGUCCCCUCAGUGUGGAUAGUGGUAAGAAGGUACACAUCCUUAUUGUCUCUGUACUUAACUGCCAACAGCUCCUCUUGGCGCAGAGCUGAGGUCUCCCCCCUUCGUAGUCGGGUGCGUGCAAGUUGUCCGGGGAAACCUGUGCUGUUCUUUUUGAUUGUGCCGCAACCUACUGUAUCAAAACAGUACAGUAGCUUGAACAAAGGGACACUUGUACAAAAAUUGUCAGUAUACAAGUGGUACCCUUUGUUCAUCGGGGGAAUAUCCGGUCCCAGACAAUCUUGCCACUGGUUCCCAUAUGUUCUGGGCAACCUGCAGGGUCAAGGUGGCUAUCCUUUCCCUCGUACACCCGGAAGGCCUGAGUAUACCCAGUCUCGCUAUCACAGAGCUUAUACAUCUUUACACCAUACCUAGAGCGCGUGGAAGGAACUUCCUACUUGAAUCCCAGCCUUCCCUUAUACUUCAUCAGGGAUUCAUCCAUGCAUAUAUUCCUUCCAGGUGUAUAAGCCUCUGCAAACCUGGCAGCAAAGUGGGUAAUCAGGGGGUGGAUUUUAUACAGCCUGUCAAACUGGGGAUGCUCCCUAGUGGGACACAGGCUGUUGUCGCUGAAGUGCAUGAAAUGCAGAAUCAUUUCAUACCUCUUCCUCGACAUACAUUGUGAGUAAAUGGGGGUAGAGCAGAUGGGGCUACUGCUCCAGUAGAAGCGGAUGGAGGGCUUCUUUAUGAUGCCCAUCAGCAUAGUCAAUGUCCAGAAUCUUUUAAAUUCCGGCACAUCGAUGGGGGCCCAUUGCUGCUUUGCCAAAAAAGAGUCAGGAUUUGUAGCUCGGAAUUGAUGGGCAUAUAAAUUAGUUUGGGCAACAAUUUUCCCCAAUACAUCAUCGCCCAGAAACACCUCUGUAAACUGCUGAGGGCUAAAUCCUGUGACAUCCAAAUUAAUGCCAGGAUUUGCAGUAAAGGAUGGGAUGUCUGGCCUCUGGCGAUGAGGCACUACCCACUCCUCAGCAGUUCUGCCAUCUGGAGCAGCACGUCUCCUUCUGGCAGGGGGACUAGCAGGCACAGAUACAACAUCACUAGAUACAUCACUAACAGCAGACACUGUAUCUAGUGAUGAUGUAUCUGAGCACCUGGCAGGGUCAAAAUCAGGGUCAGUGUCUGACAUAGACGCGUCAAACUCUAGCGCAAGGGUGGCAUAUGACUGCUCAGCACUGGUUGACUUCCGUGACCCAUGUGACAUGAUCACAAUCACUUUACUUAGUGACCUGUCACAAAAAAAAAGACAAAAAAAUUAACCCCUAAAAAAAUGAACAGACAGCAAAAUAAGAGCUGCUGUGCAAGAGCCUGUGAUCUGUACAUGGGUUAAUCAUUCUGGCAGGACAGGGGUUAAUCGUUCUGAAAAGAGCUUUUGGGUCUCAAAAAAAAAAAAAGAUUAAAAAAAAUGCACAAACAGCAGAAAAGUGCUGCUGUGCAAGAGCCAGUGAUUAUAGUGAUCACUGGCAAGACAGGGGUUAAUGGCUCUGAAAAGAGCCUUUGGGUCUCAAGAUUUUACAAAUCCCUACCUAUAAAUACCUAAAUCUCUCUAGCUAAACCACAGAUCUCUCUCCCUCUCUCACUAAAACAAAAGUGAAGAGAGGGAGGCAGAUCCACACUAAUCAGAGAAAUGGGGAACACACUUGGGAUGAAAUUGCUAAUGGGGCAAGCUGUGAUUGUGACACCCCCAGAAGCCCCAUGAUUCACUGCCUUUAGAAAGGGGGGGGGGGUUAAUAUUGAUUAUUUUAUUUAUUUUAUAUUUAUUUUUUAUAUAUAUAUUAUUAUAUAUGCACUGAGUGUCAGGACCCCUCGAGGCACUCAGCACAUGCGGAGAAUCACUGCAAUACUAUCAGUGCUUCCAGCGCUCAAAAUAGAUGUGGACGUACCAGGUACGUCCAAGGUCAUUAUGGACCGUUUUUUGCCGCGGUCGGGAAGGGGUUAAUAGGUGUCAGUAAUCGGUAACACUUGAGAACUGCAUAUAUUACUUGCCUUGUUGAAGCUUAUCAGUUCCCAAGAUGUACCACCAGAGGCAUUUAGAGAGAUCAUCAGUGAGUCUGGGGUCAAGCCAGGAGCUAUAUCUCCCCCAGCUGAACUGACCUUAGUGUGCAGGUCCUUCUGCCAGCAUCUUCUGCUUCCAAGCAGGUAUUGACCCCUCAACCUGUCCUCUUCCGUCCAGGCAGGUAUUGACCCCUUGACCUGCCCUCCUCCUUCCUUCCAGGCAAGUAUUGACCCCUCUGCCUCCCCUUCUCCUUCCAGGCUGGUAUUGACCCCUCUACAUAUGCAGCCUCCACCUACUGCCUUUACAAAGCACUUGCAGCUCACAGACCUAAUUUUAACCACCAUCUUUUAAACAACAUUUUUGGCUCUUAUGCCACCUCUUUUCUUAGAAGCCUCCAAUACCAAAGAACAGUGCAGCCAGAAAGCAGGUCCUAAAACUCAGUUUUCUGGAAUCAUUGAAAGACCAAUACAAGACAUACAGUUCCAAAGUGAACAGCCACACAAUUGUUCAUUUUGAGCAAGGACUAGCCUGUAUAACACUAGAGGAUAGGCAAUCAUAAAUAACAUAUCAAAUAUAUAAUACAAGAACCACUUUCUAACAUAGGAAAAAGCUUUAAAAAAUUUUUAACUCCUUUCUUGGUUUUACUGAUUUCAAUACCAAAUUUUAUAUAAAGUGACACAUUUACUGUCUGUUGACUUGAUAAGGAAUUUACACUUGCAGUUUAUCAAUACCAAUUCUGUCAGUCCCAAAUGGUUUGAAUAUAAUAUAGCAGGAAUGUGGAACUGCACUCAAACCCAUUUGAAAUGUAUCUGGGUGCACCAGACCAGUCCCAGUACCAGGAACCAAAAUAUUUGAUGUGGAAAAAUAGAAGAGAAGUCCAGACACUCUCAGAAUACAAAAAGGCAAAUUUAUUGAACCCACUGCAGUGGGUUCAAUAAAUUUGCCCUUUUGUAUCCUGAAAAUCCUAAAUGGUUGUGAUAGUGUAAAAGGCCUGGGCUAACCCUGCCUCAGUACCCACAACCUCCCAAUGUCACCCAGGUUGAACAGAAUUAAUACUGAUAAUGUGAAAGAAAAGAAAAAAGAAAAAAGUGCACAGCACACUUUAUUCUUUUUUUUUUCUUUUCUUAUAUAUUAUUCAAGUGUUUUUAGAGCGAUUUUCACUUUUACUAGUGCUUGCUAGCCUUUUUGUGAUAUGUUAUAAGAUUUUUCACUAGUACUAAUUUUAUAGCGCCAUCUUUUACUUGAUUUUUUGUAUUUGAUAAUGUGAAAGCACAAUUUAUACAUUAACUGUAGAGGGCAUGGUCUCUAGAUGUUAGCGAGAGCCCAAUUUUUGUCAAAUCGUUUCCAAGAAGUUUGACAUAAAAUGGGCAAUGGAGAUGCUAGACGUGUACCAGCAUAAUCACAUCACUAAGCUGUAGUAGUUAUGUUUGUUAGACUGCCCUUUUAAAUGUUCCUAAUUGUCAUUUUUAGAUAACCUUGAAUAGCAAUCUAUAUGCAAAUUAUGUUUAAAGGAACACUUUAGUGUUGGUAAUACAAAGCUGUGUUUCAAACACUAUAGUAUACCACUGCCCCAUAACCCCCCUUGCUAUUAAAGGGUUAAAAGGGUUUUCAAUUAUCUUAUUCCAGUACUGAGGUCUCUCUGUGCUGGCUCCGUCGUGGCCUCCUAUAACGUCAUCAUGAGUGGGAAACUAAUGCACAUGCAUGCUUUUUUUUUUUGAAAUUCUUUAUUUUUAAGAUUUUCGUGUUUGUUUGGGUUGGGGUACAGAAAACAACGGGGGAGUAAGGGUAUUGGUACAUUCUGCAUAGAGUACAUUUGGCAUUUGUAAGGUAUAACAGACAUGCAUGUAAUUCUUGUGUGUUGUACAUACUGCGUUUUCGUCAUUUGGUAGUUGCUUAUUCUAAGUUACUCUGCACAUGACGUUUGUCCUGACUCUAGCUCUUUGGGUCGGGGAAGGGUACAGAAUAAGUGGGAGGGAAUAGGGGUGUCCUAUUUGUCUUCUCCCCCUACCCCCCGUCCCCCCUCCCUCCCACCCCCGCUGCCGCACCGCCCUCUUCUGGGGUCUGUAUUGUGUUUGUGCUGUGUGGGAGGCCGUGCGGGAGAGCGAGGGCUGAGAAGAGGGGAUGGGCGGGUUGGCAUGUGGUUCCAUUUAUGUGCUCCCUCAUGUUACAGCCUUCAAGUGUUUGGGAAUCCUUCGUUUGCAGCUGCUGUGUGCUAGUUCAUUCUAGGGUUUGGGGCGUGUGUGCUUGCUCUUUGUUGAAGGCGUGCUGUGGUCCGUCGGUUAUCGAGGGAUGGGUGUUCUAGGGGCGUGUCCGUGGUUGCAAGGCCUGUGUCUCCUGGGUGUUUUGGUGGCUGUUAGGUGUUGUUUGCAUGCCUCGGGUAGGGUUGCUAUCGGGGGUCUGGUCCCCAUAUGCUUUUGGACAGGGCGGUUAGGGGGAUCGGGGAGGGGCGCGGGUUUCCGCGUUUGGUUGGUUUUGUGUUGGGCGGCUUGGCGGAAGGUGCCGCUCCUCGUCUCGCGCGGGCGGGAGGAGAAGGAGGGGAGGGGGGAAGGAGGGAGGGAGAGAGAGAAAAAAAAGGGGGAAGAAAUGUAGUUAAGAACCAACACGUCAGGUUGAGGGGGGGCGUCCACCCGUGGCGCUCCUUCUGGUUAGUGCAUGUCCGCGGUGCUCGUUCGGCUUGGGUCGAGGCUUGUCGGGGUCACUGAUUCGGGCCGUUAAGUGUUAAUUCGUUACGUUCUCGUUCAGUUUUGCGUGGUUCGCGUCCCAGGGGUCCCAUAUGCGGUGGAACGCUUUAUACGUAUCGUUUAUUUGUGCCGUUAGUUCGUCCAGGUUGCGGGUUUCUUUGAUUUUGCUUAUUAUGGUUGUGGUCGUGGGGAUUUUGGGGUCAGCCCAAAGUUCUGCUAUCGCUCGCCGUGCUGCUAGAUUGAUGCGGGCGGUUAGUUUGUUUUCACUUCUUGUUAGCGAAUCUAACGGUUUGCUGAGAAGCAUGGUCCAUGGUUGUGUGGUGACUGGUUUGUUUAUGAUCGUUUCAAUGAGGUUGCUUACCUGUCCCCAUAGUGGUUUGAGUUUGGGGCAUGUCCACCAGCAAUGUAGGUAGGAGCCAGUAGCGCCACACAAUUUCCAGCACCCAUCGUCGGGUUUUCGGCCCAUUUUAUAGAGUCUUUGUGGCGUCAGAUACCAACGGUGCAACGUCUUGUAUGCUUGUUCUUUGUGCGUGACGCAUACCGUUAUGGAGUUUGUCGCUUCCCAGAUUUCGGCCCAGUCGCUCGGGUCAUCAGCUGGUCCCAAAUCUCGCUCCCACGCGGCAAUGUAAGUGAGGUUGACCUGUGAGGCGUGGGUCGUCAGUGUGUUGUAGAGGGCGGAGAUUUGUCCCGAUUGUAGGGGUGCGUCGAAGCACUGCUUCUCGAAUGUCGUCGGAGGUGAGGUGCCUGCUUGCUUGAUCAUGGGCUGUUGCGCCAGGUCUCGGAGCUGUAUAUAUCGGAAAUGGUCCGAUGUGGUUAGGGUGUCCGCUUGGGGAAGUUCGUUGUAUUUGAAGGUUUCUCCCUGGCGGUACAGGUGGAGUAGUCGUGAUAUAUCGCGUUGGUCGAAUGCGAGGAAGUGUCUCGCUGUCAUGCCCGGUGGAAAGAGUUUAUUUCGGUAUAUCGGUGUUACCGGGGAGAGAAAGGAGGAGAGGUCGUAUCUCGGGUUAAGUUUGUCCCAGAGGGUCAGUGUGUGAGUGAUUGCCGGUGAGGUAGGUGGUGGAAGUGGUCGGUAUAUGCGUGGCACCCACAUGUAUGAGGAGGGUUGGUCCCACCCCAGGAUGUCAUGUUCUAAGUCCACCCAGCGUUUUGUGCCUGGGGGGGCGUGCCAUUGUUGGAUGUGGGCCAGUUGGGCCGCGUUGUAGUAUUGCUGAAAGUUGGGUAGUCCGAGGCAGCCUCUAAGUCUAGGGAUGUACAUUGUGGCUCUGCGAAUUCUGGGUCUCUUGGCUUUCCAUAUGAACUUGUCUAUUGCCGCUUGUAAGCGUUGGAAGUCCGAUUUCAGUAUCGGGAUAGGCAGCGUCUGGAAGAGGUAGAGGAAUCGUGGCAGGAGGUUCAUUUUGAUGGUAGUGACUCUUCCCAGCCACGAUAUCCCCAGUUUGUCCCAGCGUUGCAAGUCUGAGUACGCUGUUGAGAGAAGCGGUGUGUAGUUGAGGCCAUAGAUGUCUCCCAGUGUCGGAGCCAGUUUGGUGCCGAGAUAUGUGAGAGCAGUCGUGGUGAUGUGGAAGGGGAAGGAGUGGUGAAUCAGUUGGAGUUGAGAGGGAGUCAUCGCUAUUGGCAUUAAUAUAGACUUAGAUAAAUUGAUUUUGUAGCCCGAUAUGAUUGAAUAUUCGGCGAUGAGGGUGAGUGUGGAGUGUAGGGAGGGGAUGGGGUCCGUCAACGUGAGGAGGACAUCGUCUGCGUAAGCUGCCACGGUGUAUGUGUCUUGUCUGAUCCGUACUCCUUGUAUGGUGGGAUGAUUGCGGAUUGCUUGGAGCAGAGGUUCCAGGGAGGUUGCAAAGAGUAACGGGGAAAGUGGGCAACCCUGCCUGGUCCCGUUUGCUAUGUUGAAGGUUUGGGCUUCUACAAGGGGGAGUAGGAGCUUCCCAGUUGGGCGAUUGUAUAUUGCCCGGAGGAUGUUCAGGAAUCCCGGUGGAAAGUUCAGGUGUGCUAAUACUCCGUACAUGUAUGGCCAGAGAAGGCGGUCAAAUGCCUUCUCGGCAUCCAGUGAUAGCACUACCGAGGGGAUAUUUCGGUGUCUGGUGUACCAGAUUGUGUCAUAAGCUCUCCUGGUAUUGUCUGAUGCCUGUCGUUUGGGGAUGAAGCCGACCUGGUCUGGGUGAAUCAGUAGCGGGAGGAGUGGGUUGAGGCGAUUAGCCAGUGCUUUUGUGAGUAUUUUCAGGUCGGUGUUUAAGAGUGAAAUUGGGCGGUAGUGUCCCGGAUCAAGGUGUUCUUUUCCCGGCUUGGGUAGGAGGCAUAUGUCGGCUGUCAACAUGUCGGGGGGGAGGUCGUGUCCUUGCAGCAGUGAAUUGAAUGCUUUGCAGAGUUGCGGUAUUAGGAUGGCCUGGAAUGUCUUGUAGUAAAUGGCUGUGAAGCCGUCAGGUCCUGGGCUUUUCCUGGGUUUCAGAGUUUUAAGAACUAGAGCGAUUUCCUCGGCCUCGAUGGGUGUUUCCAGCAUGGCUUGUGCCUGGUUGGAGAGGGAGGGUAGAUUGAGGGGGCGUAGAAAGGAGGAGAUGGCCUCUGAUUGAUCCGUACCUCUCGUGGGUAUCGUGGCGGCGUGGUUGUAUAAGUUAGUGUAGUAUUGCAGGAAUUCUUGGGCUAUUGCUUCUGGAUUUGUUGUCGUUUCUCCAGUCUGAGUUCGAAUUUUCGAGAUUUUCUUGUUAUCUUGCCGUUUUUUGAGGCAACGUGCCAGGAGAGAGUCCGCUUUGUUGCCUUUUUCAUAGAAUCGUUGCUUGGACCACAUGAGGUUCCUUGCCACGUCUGUUGCCGAGAGUUGUUUGAUGAGUUCUCGCGUUGUCUUGAGCUGUGCAACGAGUGCGUCGGACGGGCUUUGUUUGUGUAGGGUUUCGAGCCUUGUUAGGUCGGUCAGGGCGUCCGUAAGUUUCUGGAGUCGCUGUUUUUUAAGGGCUGUGGCUAUGGCUAUAAGGUCGCCUCUGAUCGUUGCUUUGUGGGCUGCUCAGACCGUUGUUGGCGCCACUUCGUCAGUGGUGUUGAGGUCGAAGUAGAUUUUGAGUUUCUCAGUCACGGUGUGGACUGUGGCCGCAUCUUUGAGUAUCCAUGGAUUAAGUUUCCAACGCCAAGGGCGUGCCAGUAAUGGGAUCUGUACCGUCAGCGACACUUCAGCGUGGUCGGACCACGCGAUGUUUCCAAUGUGCGUAUGGGUGGUCCAGGGUUGAACUGCCGGGGAGAUAAGGAAGCUGUCAAUUCGGGAGUAGGACUUGUGUGUGUGGGAGUAGAAGGUGAAAUCUACCGACGAUGGGUGCUGGAUUCUCCAGGCGUCCAGUAGGGGUGUAUCGGUGAGGAAAUCCGCGAACAGUUUAUCGUUUCUAGUCGGGGCCGGUGUGCUGCCGGUGUGUGUUCUGCGGUCCGUUGCGGGUGUUUGGGUCGCAUUGAAAUCGCCGCCUACAAUGAGGUGUUUGGCUGCGAGGCUCGUGAGGUGGGCCUUGAAUGUGCUCCAGAAUGAGGCGUCCGGGGUGGUGGGAGCGUAUAGUGAGCAUAUGGUUAGGGAGGUUGUCCCUGCACGCCCCGAGAGAAAGAGGAAUCGCCCCGAGGGGUUUUUGCGGGUUUGUAUGUCCUCUAGUGGGCAGGAGUUUCGUAGUAAUAUUGCGACUCCUUUUGUUUUUGCUUCCGGCGAGUUGGCCAGGUAGUACCUUUUAAAGUGUCGGUUGAUUAGUGGGAAUUGUUUAUGGUCGGUAAAAUGGGUUUCCUGAAGCAGGACGAUGUCCGCUCCCGUACGGUUGGCCCAUCGCAGUAUCCCGUGUCUUUUCCCUGGUGAGUUAAGUCCCUUGACGUUGAGGGAGGUGAGGUGGAUUUGGAGGUUCUGUGGCGCCAUGUUGCCGUCGGAGGGUGGUCCCUGACCAGCGUUGAGGGGAAGAGAUGGUGUGCAGUGUAGCGUCCCUUCUAGUCUCGAUGGCCGCGGGUGGGCAGUCGGUUCGGUUUGGUGUCAGCAGGGAGAGCGGGGGCAGGAGAGAGGGGGUGGGGAUCGGCAGGGUCCCGCCCGCGCGGGCCGGUGGCUGGGGGACUGGGCUUAUCUAACUGGCCAGUCGUUGGUUAGGCGGGGGUCUCGAGUUCCUGAACCAAGGUCCGUGUGGCGAUCCUCGGGAGAGUCGAGGCCGGAGGGGUGGGGUGUGCGCAGGUGAUGGCAGGGUCCGCCUGUGACCUGCCCGUGAAUGUUUUAAGUUGGCUGAGCCGGGUAUUGGGAUUUGGGAUAGGGGAGGUGGGUCAUGGGCGGGUGCUCUCGUAUGUGCGGUCCGUUAUGUGGUGCGGGAUUGUCUCCGUUCGCAUAUAGGUAGUGUGUUGGAGGGCUCCCCGUAUGUGGGUCUGGAUGCUGUAGCGAAGGCUUGUCGAAGUGGGCGUGUGUUCUAAGUCGCUAGGCAUAUGGGUGCCCGUGUUCCGUUGUAGGGGGUGGUUGUGCGUGCCAAUGGUACGGAGUCUGCCCCGGCGCUGCCCGUCCUCCUGGUGAGGUAUAUCGCAUGGGGGCAGCGGCGGGGCCGCCCCGCAUCAUUAGAGUUAUGAGGAGUAAUCCUGUGUGUAUGGGUUUGACCGCGCUAUAGUAUUGCUGAGGGUUAUGUGUAGCGUGUUGACCUCUUAAAGCGGGGUGUAGUGUGGGUGUGGUGGCCCCUGGCGGUAUAGCUGUCGCAUUUCCCCCUCCCUCUAGCGGGGGGGUUACGGCUUGUUGGGGUGUGGGUACUCUUCUCUGUGCAGGGUUCCGUGUGUGUGUUUCGGCCGCCGGCCGAUUGCGUGUACAAUAACCUGUAUAUAACAUGCUUACAUUUACAAUUCAACAAUAUAACACAUUAACAUUUCGCUGGUAGAAACAGAUACAGCAUCAAGGCAGGCAAGGAGGAAAGAGAACAGUGUUUUCCGCAGGUGCUUCUGGUCUCGAGUGCGUGUUACCCCGUGUCCCCUCCUCCCGGUGACCCACGGGUCUCCCCUCAGGGUGGCCAGGCCGUCUCGCCCAUGUCGUUCGGUCAGUCGAGUCAGCUCCUGGAGGGACAGAUGGUGUAUGGGUGGUACAUGGGUAGCCCCUUACCGCCUGGGCAGCGUCCUCUGUCAAUUUCCCCCCGAGCUGGCAUGGUCCUAAGUCAGUCCUGUGGUGAUGGUGUCUGUCUUCUGUCUACAGCUCGUCUAUGUGGCCCGUCCGUGUGUCGGUACUGCGUCAAGUGUAUGUCGAACUGGGGAGGGUAAGCUGUCGGUCAUACCUCGUCCGUCUGUGGAUCAGGUCGUAGGUUGGGGGUGUUUCUCCAGUGUCCGUGGUGGCGGGUGUGGGGAGUCCGGAUGGCCUGUGUUGCCCGCUCCCCUCGUAAGGGGAAGGUAAGGGGUCCGUCUGUUCGUUCUCCUGGGGUCGCGUCCCCCCUGGCUGCCGCCCCCUUCUCUGUCUCCCUCCCCGGUGUCCCUCCCUCCACUCUCCCGUCCCCCCUCCCACCUCCCCCGUGCCGUGAGGGUUGGGCCUGUUGUCUGGUUUGGGGUUGGGUGGCUGCGAGCGAGGAGCGCUUCGCUAGGUGUGUGUGUAUAUACAGUCCCCUUUGUGGUAUACUUGCUGUUUGCCGCCCAGUGUCCGAGUCUCAAAGUCCCAUUUCUGGUCCGGACGUCAGGCUUCUGUAGUGUGCAUUAACCGGGAGAGGGGUUUCUGAAACGGGAUGUGGUGUGUUCCGGGAGUAGUCCUGUGGGUGCUGGGGGUUCUUGCCGGGUGGGGUUGCUGUGUCGGUCAUUAUCAGUUGCUCUCCCGGGGUUGUAGCUGUCGGC